AUGUCUAACGAAAGUGACACUGGAGGUCAACCUGCUGCGACAACAACAAUCAGCACUGUCGCCGUGCAGGCUGGGGAAUCUCAGAUUAUUGUUACUGUGUUCAAGGUACCGAUCUCCUAAAAUAUUCUUCAGUUGUGUCUUUGUGUCGUCUUUAGCUGUCUUUAGUUGUCUUUUUAAGCUUAUUUCGGUCCUUGAAAAGCACUAUAUAAAACCCAUGUAUUCUUUUUCAGUUUGUUGAUAACUCAUGUGAACAGAACAGAAGAGCUUAGAUACAGUGGGGAGAACAAGUAUUUGAUACACUGCCAAUCUUGCAGGUUUUCCUACUUACAAAGCAUGUAGAGGUCUGUAAUUUGUAUCAUAGGUACACUUCAACUGUGAGAGACGGAAUCUAAAACAAAAAUCCAGAAAAUCACAUUGUAUGAUUUUUAAGUAAUUAAUUUGCAUUUUAUUGCAUGACAAGUAUUUGAUCAGAAAAGCAGAACUUAAUAUUUGGUACAGAAACCUUUGUUUGCAAUUACAGAGAUCAUACAUUUCCUGUAGGUCUUGACCAGGUUUGCACACACUACAGCAGGGAUUUUGGCCCACUCCUCCAUACAGACCUUCUCCAGAUCCUUCAGGUUUCGGGGCUGGCGCUGGGCAAUAUGGACUUUCAGCUCCCUCCAAAGAUGGUUCAGGUCUGGAGACUGGCUAGGCCACUCCAGGACCUUGAGAUGCUUCUUACGGAGCCACUCCUUAGUUGCCCUGGCUGUGUGUUUCGGGUCGUUGUCAUGCUGGAAGACCCAGCCACGACCCAUCUUCAAUGCUCUUACUGAGGGAAGGAGGUUGUUGGCCAAGAUCUCGCGAUACAUGGCCCCAUCCAUCCUCCCCUCAAUACGGUGCAGUCGUCCUGUCCCCUUUGCAGAAAAGCAUCCCCAAAGAAUGAUGUUUCCACCUCCAUGCUUCACGGUUGGGAUGGUGUUCUUGGGGUUGUACUCAUCCUUCUUCUUCCUUCAAACACGGCGUGUGGAGUUUAGACCAAAAAGCUAUAUUUUUGUCUCAUCAGACCACAUGACCUUCUCCCAUUCCUCCUCUGGAUCAUCCAGAUGGUCAUUGGCAAACUUCAGACGGGCCUGGACAUGCGCUGGCUUGAGCAGGGGGACCUUGCGUGCGUUGCAGGAUAUUAAUCCAUGACGGCGUAGUGUGUUACUAAUUGUUUUCUUUGAGACUGUGGUCCCAGCUCUCUUCAGGUCAUUGACCAGGUCCUGCUGUGUAGUUCUGGGCUGAUCCCUCACCUUCCUCAUGAUCAUUGAUGCCCCACGAGGUGAGAUCUUGCAUGGAGCCCCAGACCGAGAGUGAUUGACCAUCAUCUUGAACUUCUUCCAUUUUCUAAUAAUUGCGCCAACAGUUGUUGCCUUCUCACCAAGCUGCUUGCCUAUUGUCCUGUAGCCCCUCCCAGCCUUGUGCAGGUCUACAAUUUGAUCCUUGAUGUCCUUACACAGCUCUCUGGUCUUGGCCAUUGUGGAGAGGUGGGAGUCUGUUUGAUUGAGUGUGUGGACAAGUGUCUUUUAUACAGGUAACGAGUUCAAACAGGUGCAGUUAAUACACGUAAUGAGUGGAGAAUAGGAGGGCUUCUUAAAGAAAAACUAACAGGUCUGUGAGAGCCGGAAUUCAUACUGGUUGGUAGGUGAUCAAAUACUUAUGUCAUGCAAUAAAAUGCAAAUUAAUUACUUAAAAAUCAUACAAUGUGAUUUUCUGGAUUUUUGUUUUAGAUUCCGUCUCUCACAGUUGAAGUGUACCUAUGAUAAAAAUUACAGACCUAUACAUGCUUUGUAAGUAGGAAAACCUGCAAAAUCGGCAGUGUAUCAAAUACUUGUUCUCCCCACUGUAUAUGCCUCUCAGAACUCUUCUUUGGUCAGAAAUGAUUGUUCACUCCACAAUGAUGGAGAUGGAGAAGAUCAAUCUUUCCAAGCAGUUUAACAAAAAUGUUGUCUAAUAUUACCAUAGCGUUAUGUCUAUAUAACAACAAGGAAUGGUAAUGUUCAGUGACUGUCAAGCUAGAUUAUUGAUCUGUCUGUAUCUGACAGACACUGACCUCACAGUGAUCAUCCAUCGAUCUCUUUCUUUCCAAAGUGCUGCUGCUAUUAGAGGAUGUUUCCCAAAUGGCACCAUAUUCCCUUUAUAGUGCACUACUUAUGACCAGGGGUCUGGUAAAAAGAAGUGCACUAGCCUAUAUAGGGAAUAUAGCCAUUAGAGACACAACCAGAGAAAGGCAUUUCAUGUUGUCAAUGAUGUCACAAGCUUGCAUAGUCCACAUUGUUACAGCUAGUGUCCUGGGAUGUCAAUAGUGCUCUCUGUUUCUCCAUUAUGCUUAUAGGACUAGCUCCCAGCCAAACCAGCAGGCUUAUCUCAAUGCCUCACAUACUAACACCGUACAUCUCAACAUGUAGGCAGCCCUGCAGGGCUUUCCCAUGGUAGUGAUAAGACAGUGGACAUUAGGUAUUAGGUCUUUUUUUAAAGUUUACUUUUCUAAGUUAUUCUUUUCCCACAUAGCAGUCAAAUACAUAUUGUAAAUGCAUGGUAAAUACAUGGUAAAUACAUGGUAAAUACAUGGUAAAUACAUGGUAAAAACAUGUUAAAUACAUGGUAAAUACAUGGUAAAUACAUGGUAAAUGCAUGGUAAAUACAUGGUAAAUACAUGGUAAAUACAUGUUAAAUACAUGGUAAAUACAUGGUAAAUGCAUGGUAAAUACAUGGUAAAUACAUGGUAAAUACAUGUUAAAUACAUGUUAAAUACAUGGUAAAUACAUGGUAAAUGCAUGGUAAAUACAUGGUAAAUGCAUGGUAAAUACAUGGUAAAUACAUGGUAAAUACAUGUUAAAUGCAUGGUAAAUACAUGGUAAAUACAUGGUAAAUACAUGGUAAAUACAUGGUAAAUGCAUGUUAAAUGCAUGGUAAAUACAUGGUAAAUACAUGGUAAAUACAUGGUAAAUGCAUGGUAAAUACAUGUUAAUACAUGGUAAAUACAUGGUAAAUACAUGGUAAAUGCAUGGUAAAUACAUGGUAAAUGCAUGGUAAAUACAUGGUAAAUGCAUGGUAAAUACAUGGUAAAAACAUGUUAAAUUUAUGGGAAAGUUCAAAUGCACAAGAUAUUAGAUAUGAUAAAACACAGAAACAGAGGAGAAGGAAAAGCCUACAGUGAGGGAAAAAAGUAUUUGAUCCCCUGCUGAUUUUGUACGUUUGACCACUGACAAAGACAUGAUCAAUCUAUAAUUUUAAUGGUAGGUUUAUUUGAACAGUGAGAAACAGAAUAACAACAACAAAAAAUCCAGAAAAACGCAUGUCAAAAAUGUUAUAAAUUGAUUUUCAUUUUAAUGAGGGAAAUAAUUAUUUGACCCCUCUGCAAAACAUGACUUAGUACUUGGUGGCAAAACCCUUGUUGGCAAUCACAGAGGUCAGACGUUUCUUGUAGUUGGCCACCAGGUUUGCACACAUCUCAGGAGGGAUUUUGUUCCACUCCUCUUUGCAGAUCUUCUCCAAGUCAUUAAGGUUUCGAGGCUGACGUUUGGCAACUCGAACCUUCAGCUCCCUCCACAGAUUUUCUAUGGGAUUAAGGUCUGGAGACUGGCUAGGCCACUCCAGGACCUUAAUAUGCUUCUUCUUGAGCCACUCCUUUGUUGCCUUGGUCGUGUGUUUUGUCAUGCUGGAAUACCCAUCCACAACCCAUUUUCAAUGCCCUGGCUGAGGGAAGGAGGUUCUCACCCAAGAUUUGACAGUACAUGGCCCCAUCCAUCGUCCCUUUGAUGCGGUGAAGUUGUCCUGUCCCCUUAGCAGAAAAAUACUGCCAAAGCAUAAUGUUUCCACCUCCAUGUUUGACGGUGGGGAUGGUGUUCUUGGGGUCAUAGGCAGCAUUCCUCCUCCUCCAAACACGGCGAGUUGAGUUGAUGCCAAAGAGCUCGAUUUUGGUCUCAUCUGACCACAACACUUUCACCCAGUUCUCCUCUGAAUCAUUCAAAUGUUCAUUGGCAAACUUCAGACGGCCCUGUAUACGUGCUUUCUUGAGCAGGGGGACCUUGCGGGCACUGCAGGAUUUCAGUCCUUCACGGCGUAGUGUGUUACCAAUUGUUUUCUUGGUGACUAUGGUCCCAGCUGCCUUGAGAUCAUUGACAAGAUCCUCCCGUGUAGUUCUGGGCUGAUUCCUCACCGUUCUCAUGAUCAUUGCAACUCCACGAGGUGAGAUCUUGCAUGGAGCCCCAGGCCGAGAGAGAUUGACAGUUCUUUUGUGUUUCUUCCAUUUGCGAAUAAUAAACUGUUGUCACCUUCUCACCAAGCUGCUUGGCGAUGGUCUUGUAGCCCAUUCCAGCCUUGUGUAGGUCUACAAUCUUGUCCCUGACAUCCUUGGAUAGCUCUUUGGUCUAUGGUGUAGAGUUUGGAAUCUGAUUGAUUGAUUGCUUCUGUGGACAGGUGUCUUUUAUACAGGUAACAAGCUGAGAUUAGGAGCACUCCCUUUAAGAGUGUGCUCCUAAUCUCAGCUCGUUACCUGUAUAAAAGACACCUGGGAGCCAGAAAUCUUUCUGAUUGAGAGGGGGUCAAAUACUUAUUUCCCUCAUUAAAAUGCAAAUCAAUUUAUAACAUUUUUGACAUGCGUUUUUCUGGAUUUUUUUGUUGUUAUUCUGUCUCUCACUGUUCAAAUGAACCUACCAUUAAAAUUAUAGACUGAUAAUUUCUUUGUCAGUGGGCAAACGUACAAAAUCAGCAGGGGAUCAAAUACUUUUUUCCCUCACUGUAUGUUCUGUUUGAAGAGAGAGAUGUUUUUGUCCUCUGUGUUGUAUCCUCUGGCGCCAAUUUUGAUGACCAAUUUUGGCCGUGAAGGGGAAGGGGGUAAUGGUAACGCCGUUCCUCUGCAUUUCGAGGUUCCUUUAAAGUGACUGCUCCAGCCACGGCUGCAAUCCAAGGCAUGCAUUGAUUAAAGGGCAAAGCAUGCAGAGUAGGAAAUAGGCCUAAUCUCUACCGCCAGCACCGUCACAGUUACAGUGCCCAUGCACACUCUGUGGCUGCAACCACAUGACUAACCACCGUUUUCUUUGACAUAUGAAUAAUUGUCUCAGUGAAAGUUUCCUUACAUCUGAAACAACAUAGGCUACUGUAAUGCUUGUGACACUAUGUAUAAAUCUUGUAAUAUAGUUUAACAGUUGUUGGUAGUAUGAACACUUUGUAGCUGGAACAACCACGGUUGUCAUUGACAAAUCAAUUACUGUACUGUCUAUCCAAAUAUAUACAGGCAUUAUGUAGUAAUACUGUCAUAUAGGCUACAGCAACAGCUGUUGGUGCUCUUUACACUCAGGGUGACACUUCCACAAAAAGCUUGACUUUAAGUUAAUAUGUGUCACCCAGAGAGGUAUCAGUAAGUCAUUACAUUAAAGGAAUACCCCAGGUUACUGGAUUGACAUUGUCCUGGGAAUGUGUCCCAAAUGGCACCCUAUUCUCUACAUAGUACACUACUUUUGAACAGGGUACAUAGGGCUCUGGUGAAAAGUAGUGCACUAUAUAGGGAAUAGGGCACCAUUUGGGAUGCAAACACUGAUGGCGUUCCCGGGACAGCACAAUAUAUUGGAAAAGGAGCCCCACGUUGCGGACGACAUUUCCAUACGCUGUUUACACACUGUGAAAUUCACAGGGGGACCAUGUGGGUGUUCACAGGUAUAAUAUUACACCAACCUGCCCUGUUUGCAGUCAGAGCAUAAACAACAUGUUACAUGGCCUUUGCAGGUAAACACAAACAGACCUCGGCAUCCUGCUGGUUCUAACUUUGAUGAGUCUCUUUGAUACUUAGUAGUACAUCAAUUGAUCCAAUGGAUACAGACAGGACAUUUACUCCUAAUGUAUGGUUAAGCAAUAAGGCCCGAGGGGGUGUGGUAAAUGGCCAAUGUACCACUGCUAAGGGCUGUUCUUAUGCACGACGCAACGCAGAGUACCUGGAUACAGCCCUUAGCCGUGGUAUAUUCACCAUAUUCCACAAACCCCCGAGGUGCCUUGUUGCUAUUAUAAACUGGUUAUCAACGUAAUUAGAACAGUACUAAUAAAUGUUUUGUCAUACCCGUGAUAUACCACGGCUUUCAGCCAAUCGGCAUUCAGGGUUGGACCCACCCAGUGUAUAAUAAUAAAUAUGUAUUGAGAACAAAAGGGAGAAAACAAACGCUGUGUGUGUUUUGUAGUGUGGGGCACUGGUGCAGCUGCAGUUGACUGAAGCCAAUCCCAACCUGCUGGAGAUCGGCAGCAACCAGGAUGAAACCAAGAAACUACUGCAUGAACACGAGCAGCUCCUGAUCAAACUCAAGGUAAUCAUCUCAUUGGAAAUAGAUGUCACCACCAGGGGGGUCCUGGGUGGUCCAGCGGUCAAAAGCACUGCACCGCAGUGCAGAGGCGCCACUACAGCCAAUUGGUCCGGGGUAGGGGAGGGUUUGGCCGGUGGGGCUUUCCUUGGCUCAUCGUGCUCUUGUGACAAGGCUGGGCGCCUGCAAGCUGACUCCGGUCAUCAGUCUAACAGUGUUUCCUCCGACACAUUGGUGCGGCAGACAUCCGGGUCAAGCGAGCAGUGUGAUAUGAAGUAGGCAGCCAGGCGGGUCUUGUUUCGGAGGAUGCAUGACUCGACCUUCGACUCUCCCGAGCCCAUUGAGGAGUUGCAGAGGAGUUAAUUCAAGGAGCAAACGGAGGGGGGGGGGUGGGGGAAUACGCUUGUGGCCAUACCACCCUGAACACGCCUGUUCAGGGUCACACCUGGUUAGUACCGGGACGGGAGACCACCUGGGAAUACCAGGUGCCGUAAGCUAAAAGAAUAUUCAACAAAUAUAUAUAAAAAUGGCACCACAAGUGAGCUAUAACUAAUAUGUCAGCUCAGGUGACAUAGAACUACACUAUUCUAUUAUUGAUAUGCCACUAUUUUGACAUGCGAACAUAUAACUACUCUAUUCUAUUAUUGGUAUGUCACUAUUUUUACAUAUGCCAACAUAGAACUACACUUUUAUAUUAUUAAUAUGUCACUAUUUUGAAAUAUAUGUCAACAUGUACAGUGGGGAGAACAAGUAUUUGAUACACUGCCGAUUUUGCAGGUUUUCCUACUUAAAAAGCAUGUAGAGGUCUGUAAUUUUGUCAGGGUUGAGUGUAGAGGUAACGUGGAAUCACACGCAGGACACACAGAGGUUCGAAACAGAUGUCUUUAGUGAAGUCCAAGAAAACAAGCCAACCACGGCAACAGGCCACAGGCGAACAAUACGCACACUGGUAAGUACCAAAAAUAACAGCGUACAACGUGCGGGACUCUCUCUAACAAAAACGAAUACAGAGAGAACAGAACAACGAACUAAUAGAACACGUGACAUCGAACAAUUACACACAACACCUGACCAAACACAAGAGAACUAAAUAGGACGCAUAAUGAACACUAACAAGGAACAGGUGUAACAAACAGACAAAACCAAUCAAACAUAGAAACAUAGAACGGUGGCAGCUAGUACUCCGGAGACGACGACCGCCGAAACCGUGACAAAUUUUUAUCAUAGGUACACUUCAACUGUGAGAGACGGAAUCUAAAACAAAAAUCCAGAAAAUCACAUUGUAUGUUUUUUAAGUAAUUAAUUUGCAUUUUAUUGCAUGACAUAAGUAUUUGAUCACCUACCAACCAGUAAGAAUUCCGGCUCUCACAGACCUGUUAGUUUUUCUUUAAGAAGCCCUCCUGUUCUCCACUCAUUACGUGUAUUAACUGCACCUGUUUGAACUCGUUACCUGUAUAAAAGACACCUGUCCACACACUCAAUCAAACAGACUCCAACCUCUCCACAAUGGCCAAGACCAGUGAGUUGUGUAAGGACAUCAGGGAUAAAAUUGUAGACCUGCACAAGGCUGGGAUGGGCUACAGGACAAUAGGCAAGCAGCUUGGUGAGAAGGCAACAACUGUUGGCGCAAUUAUUAGAAAAUGGAAGAAGUUCAAGAUGACGGUCAAUCACCCUCGGUCUGGGGCUCCAUGCAAGAUCUCACCUCGUGGGGCAUCAAUGAUCAUGAAGAAGUUGAGGGAUCAGCCCAGAACUACACGGCAGGACCUGGUCAAUGACCUGAAGACAGCUGGGACCACAGUCUCAAAGAAAACCAUUAGAAACACACUACGCCGUCAUGGAUUAAAAUCCUGCAGCGCACGCAAGGUCCCCCUGCUCAAGCCAGCGCAUGUCCAGGCCCGUCUGAAGUUUGCCAAUGACCAUCUGGAUGAUCCAGCGGAGGAAUGGGAGAAGGUCAUGUGGUCUGAUGAGACAAAAAUAGAGCUUUUUGGUCUAAACUCCACUCGCCGUGUUUGGAGGAAGAAGAAGGAUGAGUACCACCCCAAGAACACCAUCCCAACCGUGAAGCAUGGAGGUGGAAACAUCACUCUUUGGGGAUGCUUUUCUACAAAGGGGACAGGACGACUGCACCGUAUUGAGGGGAGGAUGGAUGGGGCCAUGUAUUGCGAGAUCUUGGCCAACAACCUCCUUCCCUCAGUAAGAGCAUUGAAGAUGGGUCGUGGCUGGGUCUUCCAGCAUGACAUGACCCGAAACACACAGCCAGGGCAACUAAGGAGUGGCUCCGUAAGAAGCAUCUCAAGGUCCUGGAGUGGCCUAGCCAGUCUCCAGACCUGAACCCAAUAGAAAAUCUUUGGAGGGAGCUGAAAGUCCGUAUUGCCCAGCGACAGCCCCGAAACCUGAAGGAUCUGGAGAAUGUCUGUAUGGAGGAGUGGCCCAAAAUCCCUGCUGCAGUGUGUGCAAACCUGGUCAAGACCUACAGGAAACGUAUGAUCUCUGUAAUUGCAAACAAAGGUUUCUCACAGUUGAAGUGUACCUAUGAUAAAAAUUACAGACCUCUACAUGCUUUGUAAGUAGGAAAACCUGCAAAAUCGGCAGUGUAUCAAAUACUUGUUCUCCCCACUGUAACUACACUAUUCUAUUAUUGAUAUGUCACUAUUUUGACAUAUUCUAAUGAGACCAUGGUAGGCCAUGAGGAUGAGCUGCCCAUUGAGAAUAUGAGUUAAGUUGUUUUGAGUGCGGCACACAUCAUGCUUCAUUGACAUCAUGGCCAAUGUUGAACGUUUGUCAUUUUAAGCUUGGAAAAGAGACCCUUAAUCACAGCCACUCCACUGAAUAUCAGGCUAGUGAUUGCUUUGCAAUGCUUGCAGUAAGCCACUGAUUCCUUCCAAACCACUCAUUGUUGAAUAUGUGAUUUCCAACUUGUGUAAUGUUUAUGUCCAAUGGCCGAUGAGCACCGAUACGUUUUAUCUAUAAUUUCUCUUCAUUUUUUCUCUUGAUAUGACAAGGAUUAAAAACGAUUUGCCAAUAGAUUGUCGACUUGAUUCAUGAUGAUGACUGCUAGCUAAGAUUUUGAAAGUAUGAUGUUGACAUGAUCAGUCCAAUCAAAGCUACUGUAGAUAUAAUGUGAUUUGAGGUCAUUUUAUCUGUGGCCAAUGACCUUGAGACUUCUUGGAUGGGCACUUCUAAUGUAACUCUAUGGCAGCACCCAAGGGGCUUGAAUUUUCGAGCUCUACCCUUAGACUUGGCGGUGACGUAGUGUUCCCAUGAGUGACGGAACACUGAGCCAAUCACGGCACAACUAGAGAACAUUACCAACACCUACACUCCGUAUUUUCGGCUGGCUGCCCCACCACAGAAAGCACUGAGCUAGGCUGAAACACCUUCCUUUUGGAGCUGCCUUACUCAAGAAAGCAAAAAAGCUGCUUUAUUAACUCAAGUAUCAUUAUUUAUUUAUUUGUACAUUGUUUGCAAACUGAUAUGUGACACGUAUUAAUGCCAAAAUAACAUGCAAAACAGGCAAGGCCCCAAAAACUUUUUUUUUUGCUAGAAAUGUGGGGCUCAAAACAGGUGUCCCACCUGCCCUGAAUGACGGGUUGCCACAUUAUUAUUCAAAACAAUGCAUUCUAAUAUAAAUCGCACACACACCUCGCUCUCCCGGCUUUGGUGAGUUUAGGCCAUUAGGCUAUGAUUAAAGCUUCUUCAGUCCCAUCCUUGUUUUACUAUAACUCGUUGAGACACCAUCAAUGCUUUUCUUGUCUCAGAGAUGGAGCGUCAAACUACUUCAGUCACUUUCAUUGCCUCAGCCUAGGUGGAAGGUGGAAUGUUCACUGCAGCCCUUUCAACGUUGAUUUAUAUUAUUUCCACUCAAAGCUUUUCCCCCGGCCUUGUUAUAGACAAUGGCUAUUUAGAUCCAGGCUAUUCAUUACUAUUGCCAAGAACUCAUUCACUAUUUUUACCUACUGCCAGGUGUUUUAGUUAUGUCUGAGUGCUGAGCAUGUUCCAUCCUGUUUUAUACAAGUAUGAUAUUAUUGGCAUAAGCAUGUGAACAAUUGAUAUUAUUAAUGUCAAUGUUCCAGUAGCCUAGCGGUUAAGAGCGUUGGGCCAGCAACUGAAAGGUCGCUGGUUUGAAUCCCUGAGCCGACUAGGUAGAAAAUCUGUCGAUGUGCCCUUGAGCAAGGCACUUAACCCUAAGCUCCUGUAAGUCGCUCUGGAUAAGAGCGUCUGCUAACUAAAAUGUAAUUUUCCAGUAAGAUAUCAGAGUAACUACAGAUUUAAACCCCUGAACAACAGCUCUAAUCACAGAGAGGUUUUAUCACAAAAACAAUCCAAAACAGAUUUGAAUACAAACUUGCCAUGUCCUUGUUUUAUCCAAUGCUUUUAAUUCAGUUUACCAGCAGCAAUCUCAUAGCAAGCCUUUGAACAUUUAAAAUGUGUAGCUUACCAUAGUGCAAUUGAACAAAAUGUCAAUGAAUCGCUCCAUUAACAAUGUCGAUUUACAUGCAUAUGGUAAUUGUAUGUUUUUUAUGUUCAGAGAAUGUCAGUAUUGUACUCAACGACCAUGUAAUGUACAGUGAGCUCCAAAAGUAUUGGGACAGUGACAAAUGUUUUAUUGUUUUGGCUCUGUACUCCAGCACUCUGGAUUUGAAAUUAUACAAUGACUAUGAGAUGAAUGUACAGACUGACAGCUUUAAUUUGAAUAUUGGGACAAAUUCACUUAUAUGUGUAUUAAAGUAGUCAAAAGUUGAGUAUUUGGUCCCACAUUCCUAGCAUGUUGCACUUGUUGGAUGCAUUUUCUGUUUGUUUUGGUUUUGUUUGAGUUUAUUUUAUGCCCAAUAGAAAUGAAUGGUAAAUAAUGUAUUGUGUCAUUUUGGAGUCACUUUUAUUGUAAAUAAAAAUAGAAUAUGUUUCUAAACACUUCUACAUUAAUGUGGAUGCUACCAUGAUUACAGCUAGUCCUGAAUGAAUCGUGAAUAAUUAUGAUUGAUAAAGUUACAGACGCACAAAUAUCCUACCCCCAAGACAAGCUAACCUCUCACCAUUACAAUAACUGGUUAGAUGAUUUUUGUAUGCCUCUGUAACUUUAUUAAUCAUUACAUUUACAUUUACAUUUUAGUCAUUUAGCAGACGCUCUUAUCCAGAGCGACUUACAGGAGCAAUUAGGGUUAAGUGCCUUGCUCAAGGGCACAUUUACGUCAUUUAGCAGACGCUCUUAUCCAGAGCGACUUACAAAUUGGUGCAUUCACCCUAUAGCCAGUGGGAUAACCACUUUAAAAUAUCAUUUUUUUUUUUUUUGGGGGGGUGGGGGGGGGGGGGGGGGGGGUGGAAGGAUUACUUUAUCCUAUCCCAGGUAUUCUACUAUUCAGGUAAUCAUCAUUAUUCCCGAUGAAUUCAGAAUGAUCCGUAAUCAUAGUAGCAUCCACAUGAAUGUAGAGAUGUUUAGAAACAUAUUAUAUUCUUAUUUAUAAUAAAAGUGACUCCAUUCAUUUCUAUUGGGCACAAAAUACUCUGAAACACAACCGAAAAUGCAUCCAACAAGUUUGUAAAGUCGCAAGAUUUAUGUAGUCAUUGCGUGCUAUGAAUAUGGGACCAAGUACUUAACUUUUUACUACUUUAUUACACAAAAGUGAAUUUGUUCCAAUGCUUUUGGUCCCCUAAAAUGGGGGGAUCUUGUACAAAAAGUGCUGUUAUUUUAAAUGGGUCACCCAAUAUGGAUGAAAAUACCCUUAAAUGAAAGCUGACAGUCAUUGUAUCAUUUCAAAUCCAAAGUACUGGAGUGCAGAGCCAACAAAAGAUGUGUCACUGUUCCAAUACUUUUGGAGCUCACUGUACAAAUUGGUGCCAGCCCGUUGUAAGGCAGUUUUGCUAAUAAGAAUGUAGCCAGCAAAAAAAGCGGUCCAUUUACAAUGUUAAUUUACAUGCAAGUAUAUGGUAAUGCAACAAUUUUUUAUAAGGCAGUGCUCUAAACAGAAUGCCUCCUCUGUGUCAGAAACAUGAGUGAGAAUCCAAAAAAGGAGGCCUGUAUAAUAUAAUAAUAUAAUAUGCCAUUUAACAGAUGCUUUUAUCCAAAGCGACUUACAGUCAUGUGUGCAUACAUUUUUACGUAUGGGUGGUCCCGGGGAUCGAACCCACUACCCUGGCGUUACAAGCGCCAUGCUCUACCAAUUGAGCUACAGAGGACCACAUAUAUGUAUAAUGCAGAGAAGAUACUUGAAUGAACUAGGUACAGUAUAUCUUACAGACUUCUGUCUUUUUUUGUAUGAUCCUCUUGUUGUGUAGAGUAAAUGUUGCUAAUUAUGCUGUGAAACCAAGGAGUCCGCUUAUACUGUACUUUGAUUAUACGUUUUAUUUAUAUCACAAGAUUUCAGCAUAAGUUUACAGACGUCUGCAGCAUCUGGAGAACAGUGUCCCAAAAUAAUAUGUCUGUUCUGAUCUUCUUUGUCUCAAACCAGUACUUAUAAUCUUUACCAGGAUAUGGGUGGUUUCCCAUACUGACCAAUCACCUGUCUCCACACAACAGACUUCCUCUGUUCUAUGGGGUGUCCCUCUAAAACUGCUCCCCCUAAAACUGAAUAAACAUCCUCUCAGGUUCCACUUUGAAAACAUUAGCAAAGUCAUAAUCCCUCAGACACUACACUCUCUCUCUUUCCAGAAACAUGAAGCAGGUGUGUGGGCCUUGCUGGAGGAGGCAGACAGGACGGCAGAGGAGAAGGAGGAUGAAGGGGAGGUGUACGAGGCCAUGGCUGACUCGCUGAGCGAUGCCUGGAGAACCCUGAUCUCACUGCUAGAGAAGCGCCGGUCGCUGCUACACCUGGCAUCCGAGUUCUUCGACAGGGCUCUCGAGGUAGGAGCUGGGCAAACAGAAACAGAGCUGUUAUAGUUACAUAAAGCAUAAAAAACAUACAUUACAUUUACGUCAUUUAGCAGACGCUCUUAUCCAGAGCGACUUACAGUUAGUGAAUACAUAUUUUUUUUAUACUGGCCCCCCGUGGGAAUUGAACCCACAACCCUGGCAUUGCAAACACCAUGCUCUAUCAACUGAGCUACAUCCCUGCCGGCCAUUCCCUCCCCUACCCUGGACAACGCUGGGCCAAUUGUGCGCCGCCCAUGAGUCUCCCGGUCACGGCCACCUGCAACAGAGCCUGGAUUCGAACCAGGAUCUCUAGUGGCACAGUUAGCACUGCGAUGCAGUGCCUUAGACCACUGCGCCACUCAGGAGUAUAUGAUCUCACUGCUAGAGUGCUGGUCACUGCUACACAUGGCCUCCGAGUUCAUUGACAUGGCCCUCGAGGUAGGAAGGCUAACAGAAAGGAGAUGUUAUAGCUACAUAGACCAUACAUAGACCCUGAGCUCACUGCUAGAGAAGUGCUGGUCACUGCUACACCUGGCCUUAAGAGUUCUUUGACGGGGCACUUGAUGUAUGAGCCGGGCUAACAAACAGACCGUUAUAGCUACAUAGAACAGACAUGGAGCAUACAUAGACCAGACAUAGACCCUAACAGAUCAGAGCUGUUUUUCAGUUCAUGUACAUGUAGGCAAUGCCACAGGGGUUUUCAUUGUACUAAGCCUGUUAGAAAGUGGAAUUUCAACCAGUUCUUUGUUUUUCAUGAUCAUUGUUUGUUGGAGGAAAUAUAUUAUUACGGUCGUGCUACUGUUAGUGCAUCUGUUUCCUCCUGUGAAGUUUACUUCAAAAGACAAAAGAAAACAGUUAAUUGUUUUAUCAGCUUUGUUAGCAUUUGUGUCAACGUAGAUAACAUUGUAACCGAGAAGGGGCUGUUUGUACUGCAAUUAGAUAUCAGGGGAAUUUACUGCCAGUGUCACAAUGGUGCAGUUUCCAUGCCAUUAGUCCACAAACAGCGUUGCGUUUUGUGAUAAUGUAGGCCUAUGUGCUGUAACUUACCCACGCUCUAAAGGCUGGCCACCCUGGGUGCUGCCGCACAAAGCAGCAGCACAUUGAGUUGGUGUGAUGAUUAUGAAACAUGAUGAGCGGUAGUGUGAAAGAUAAAGGAAGCAGAUGGUUCCCCCUGGAUAACCUCACUGUGGAUGUGACUGAGAAUUAAACAAAUAGCAGAACUGUUUGUACUGUCUGUCCUUUUACAUGUUUCAUCACAGACCAAACAGUGCUCCUUUUUCUAUGUUUUACUUCUUUAUUAAAUCUAUUGUUAAUGUACGAAGCCUUUGGAGAUCUCCAUGAAUAAAUGUGCAAACUCAGAGCACAUACUAAAUCAAAUCAAAUGUAUUGGUCACAAACACAUGGUUAGCAGAUGUUAUUGCGAGUGUAGCGAAAUGCUUGUGCUUCUAGUUCCAACAGUGCAGUAAUAUCUAGCAAGUAAUAUCUAACAGCUCCACAACAAAUAUCUAAUACACACAAAUCUAUGUAAAGGAAUGGAAUAAGAAUAUAUAAAUAUAUGGAUGAGCAAUGUCAUUGUCAGAGCGGCAUAGGCUAAGAUGCAAUAGAUAGUAUAGAAUACAGCAUAUACAUAUGAGAUGGAUAAUGCAAGAUAUGUAAACAUUAUUAAAGUGGCAUUAUUAAAGUGACUAGUGUUCCAUUUAUUAAAGUGGCCAGUGAUUUUCAAGUCUGUAUGUAGGCAGCAGCCUUUCUGUGCUAGUGAUGGGUGUUUAACAGUCUGAUGGCCUUGAGAUAGAAGCUGUUUUUCAGUCUCUCGGUCCCAGCUUUGAUGCACCUGUACUGACCUCGUCUUCUGGAUGAUAGCGGGGUGAACAGGCAGUGGCUCGGGUGGUAGUUGUCCUUGAUUAUCUUUUUGGCCUUCCUGUGACAUCGGGUGCUGUAGGUGUCCUGGAGGGCAGGUAGUUUGCCCCCGGUGAUGCGUUGUGCAGACCACACCACCCUCUGGAGAGCCCUGCGGUUGCGGGUGGUGCAGUUGCCGUACCAGGCGGUGAUACAGCCUGACAGAAUGCUCUCAAUUGUGCAUCUGUAAAAGUUUGUGAUGGUUUUAGGUGACAGGGCACAUUUCUUCAGCCUCCUGAGGUUGAAGAGACUAUGUUGCGCCUUCUAUACCACACUGUCUGUGUGGGUGGACCAUUUCAGUUUGUCAGAUAUAUGUACGCCGAGGAACUUAAAACUUUCCACCUUCUCCACUGCUGUCCUGUCAAUGUGGAUAGGGGGGUACACCCUCUGCUGUUUCCUGAAGUCCACGAUAAUUUCCUUUGUUUCAUUGACAUUGAGUGAGAGGUUAUUUUCCUGACACCACACUCUGAGAGCCCUCACCUCCUCCCUGUAGGCUGUCUCAUCGUUGUUGGUAAUCAAGCCUACUACUGUUGUGUCGUCUGCAAACUUGAUGAUAGAGUUGGAGGCGUGCAUUGCUACGCAGUCAUGGGUGAACAGGGAGUACAGGAGGGGGCUGAGCACACACCCUUGUGGGGCCCCAGUGUUGAGGAUCAGCGAGGUGGAGGUGUUGUUUCCUACCUUCACCACCUGGGGGCGGCCCGUCAGGAAGUCCAGGACCCAAUUGCACAGGGUGGGGUUGAGACCCAGGUCCUCAAGCUUAAUGAUGAGCUUGGAGGGUACUAUGGUGUUGAAUGCUGAGCUAUAGUCAAUGAACAGCCUUCUUACAUAGGUAUUCCUCUUGUCCAGAUUGGAUAGGGCUGUGUGCAGUGUGAUGGCAAUUGCAUCGUCUGUGGACCUAUUGGGGCGGUAAGCAAAUUGAAGUGGGUCUAGGGUGACAGGUAAGGUGGAGGUGAUGUGAUCCUUGACUAGUCUCUCAAAGCACUUAAUGAUGACAGAAGUGAGUGCUACGGGGCGAUAGUCAUUUAGUUCAGUUACCAUUGCAUUCUUGGGUACAGGAACAAUGGUGGCCAUCUUGAAGCAUGUGGGGACAGCAGACUGGGAUAGGGAGAGAUUGAAUAUGUCCGUAAACACACCAGCCAGCUGGUCUGCGCAUGCUCUGAGGACGCGGCUAGGAAUGCCGUCUGGGCCGGCAGCCUCGCGAGGGUUUACACGUUUAAAUUAGGCUAAAUUACACUGUUGUCUAACAAUACAGAUAGAUUAACACUGUAUUCCUCCACCUCCUUCACUGCUGUCUAACUAUACAGAUAUAUUAACUAUGUCUUCCUCCACCUCCUUCACUGUUGUCUAACUAUACAGAUAGAUGAACUAUGUCUUCCUCCACCUCCUUCACUGUUGUCUAACUAUACAGAUAGAUGAACUGUCUUCCUCCACCUCCUUCACUGUUGUCUAACUAUACAGAUAUAUGAACUAUGUCUUCCUCAACCUCCUUCACUGUUGUCUAACUAUACAGAUAGAUGAACCAUGUCUUCCUCCACCUCCUUCACUGUUGUCUAACUAUACAGAUAGAUGAACCAUGUCUUCCUCAACCUCCUUCACUGUUGUCUAACUAUACAGAUAGAUGAACUAUGUCUUCCUCCAUCUCCUUCACUGUUGUCUAACUAUACAGAUAUAUGAACUAUGUCUUCCUCCACCUCCUUCACUGUUGUCUAACUAUACAGAUAUAUGAACUAUGUCUUCCUCCACCUCCUUCACUGUUGUCUAACUAUACAGAUAGAUGAACUAUGUCUUCCUCCACCUCCUUCACUGUUGUCUAACUAUACAGACAGAUGAACUAUGUCUUCCUCAACCUCCUUCACUGUUGUCUAACUAUACAGAUAGAUGAACCAUGUCUUCCUCAACCUCCUUCACUGUUGUCUAACUAUACAGAUAGAUGAACUAUGUCUUCCUCCAUCUCCUUCACUGUUGUCUAACUAUACAGAUAGAUGAACUAUGUCUUCCUCCACGUCCUUCACUGUUGUCUAACUAUACUGAUAGAUUAACUAUGUCUUCCUCCACGUCCUUCACUGUUGUCUAACUAUACAGAUAGAUGAACUAUGUCUUCCUCCAUCUCCUUCACUGUUGUCUAACUAUACAGAUAUAUGAACUAUGUCUUCCUCCACCUCCUUCACUGUUGUCUAACUAUACAGAUAUAUGAACUAUGUCUUCCUCCACCUCCUUCACUGUUGUCUAACUAUACAGAUAGAUGAACUAUGUCUUCCUCCACCUCCUUCACUGUUGUCUAACUAUACAGAUAGAUGAACUGUCUUCCUCAACCUCCUUCACUGUUGUCUAACUAUACAGAUAGAUGAACUAUGUCUUCCUCCAUCUCCUUCACUGUUGUCUAACUAUACAGAUAGAUGAACUAUGUCUUCCUCAACCUCCUUCACUGUUGUCUAACUAUACAGAUAGAUGAACCAUGUCUUCCUCAACCUCCUUCACUGUUGUCUAACUAUACAGAUAGAUGAACUAUGUCUUCCUCCAUCUCCUUCACUGUUGUCUAACUAUACAGAUAGAUGAACUAUGUCUUCCUCCACGUCCUUCACUGUUGUCUAACUAUACAGAUAGAUGAACUAUGUCUUCCUCCACGUCCUUCACUGUUGUCUAACUAUACAGAUAGAUGAACUAUGUCUUCCUCCACGUCCUUCACUGUUGUCUAACUAUACUGAUAGAUUAACUAUGUCUUCCUCCACGUCCUUCAUUGUUGUCUAACUAUACUGAUAGAUUAACUAUGUCUUCCUCCACCUCCUUCACUGUUGUCUAAUUAUACAGGUAGAUUCACUUUCUUCCUCCACCUCCUUCACUGUUGUGUAAUUAUACAGAUAUAUGAACUGUCUUCCUCCAUCUCCUUCACUGUUGUCUAAUUAUACAGAUAUAUUAACUAUGUCUUCCUCCACCUCCUUCACUGUUGUGUAAUUAUACAGAUAUAUGAACUGUCUUCCUCAACCUCCUUCACUGUUGUCUAACUAUACAGAUAUAUGAACUAUGUCUUCCUCCAUCUUCUUCACUGUUGUCUAAUUAUACAGAUAGAUUAACUAUGUCUUCCUCCACCUCCUUCAGUUUGCUAUCAGAAUAGACGAGGCAGAAGAGUUCCAGAGCAGAGGGCAGGAGCUGGUAGACACUGAGUGUCUGAAAGAACUGCUCAUGAAACACAGCGUUAUGAAGAGAGGUGGGUAUAUGUUGAUACAUCUAUAGUACAGCAUUUACACGACCCAAAGCUGGACUAAUUCAUUAAUUAUUUCUGUUUUGGCCCAUAUCUUUUGCAAAUCAAAAAAUAGAUUAUGCACAUUACAAUCUAUGCUCCCAUGUGGUAUGUUGGUGACAAUGUUUUGACCACUUAGGUUUUCAUCAGGUCCAUAUUGUUUUGACGUCCAGCACCUGCUCAAAUACAUUGUAUGUGUGCAUGUAAUCAUCUUUUCUUAUUCUGGCCCAUAUCUGUCCCUCGGGUCUACUGGAGAAGUCAAUGCUGGUUCUUAACAAGAGUGUCUUUCUAAUGAGAAACGUUUAAAUGGUAUCACGUAAUUCAGCUUUUUGCUGCUAUUGGCACUAUGUAAUGCCUCCAAGUAAUAGUAAAUAAACCAAUCCCUCUCUCUCUCUUUCUCUAUUGCUUUCUUGCUCUCUCUCUCCUCUGUCGUCCACACCUCCCCAUCCUUCCCCUCUUCCCCCAGGCCUCCUGGAGAAGUCAAUGUUGGUUCUGAAUAAGAGUUGUGAUCUUCUAGACUUCCUGAGAGAGUUUCAGACUGAGGAGGGUCUUCAGAGGAGUGAUGCGUUGAGAGGGGCUGACAGCAGCUAUGGCCGGGUGGAGAGUCUGAUGGAGAUACUGCAGGACAGGAGGAGACAGGUGGAUCAACACAUGAAGCAGCAGCUCCUUGACCUGGAAGUGAUCCUCAACAUCUACCAAUGGGAUCGCCAGGAACAGGAAGUGAGUCACAAAAUGUCAGGAAAUGUCUAUCUAAGAUCAAUCUGUGUCAGAAAUCUCCUUUUGACUUAAAACUUUCACCGACCUCAGGGAUGGCAACUUUGAUGGGGGUGGGGGCCCAAAAAAAUCUGAACUCAUCAUGAGUUGCCUGCCCCCAAGUAGAGUAGAAACAAAUGUUCUGUGGCAUGACAGUUGUCACGCUCGUCGGGAACAGAGGAGGACCAAGGCGCAGCGUUGCAGGCAAACAUACUCUUUAUUUAGAGACACGAUCAAAACAACAAACGAUACGUGACAGUUCACGGUCUAACAUAAACAGACUAGAAACAAGAUCCCACAAACUCUGUGGGGAAACAGGCUGCUAAAGUAUGGUUCUCAAUCAGAGACAACAAGCAACAGCUGAAUCACGUUGCCUCUGAUUGAGAACCACACUGGCCAACAUAGAACCACAAUACCAGAAUGUGAAACCUAGAACAACACACAUAGACUUUACACACCCUGGCUCAACAUAUUAGAGUCCCCAGAGCCAGGGCGUGACAGUACCCCCCCCUAAAGGCGCGGACUCCGACCGCGCCCACCAAACACCACAGGGGAGGGACCGGGUGGGCACUCCGCUUAGGCGGCGGAUCCGGCUCCGGGCCUGAUCCCCGCUCCCUCUCCAACCCCCCAAAGUACCCCUGGUCCGGUCUGGCCCCGCUGGCCGGAGCUGGACUGCACACUGGUGGAGCGGAUUGCUCUAGCUCCGGCGUGAAGCAUCUGACCGGUGCCGGACCAGCCACCGGUGGAACAGGCACGGGCCGUGCCGGACUGACGACGCACACCACUGGCUUGGUGUGGGGAGCAGGAGCGGGCCGAGCCGGGCUGACGAAACGCACCACUGACUUGGUGCGGGGAGCAGGAGCGGGCCGGACCGGGCUGACGAAGCGCACCACUGACUUGGUGCGGGGAGCAGGAACGGGCCGUGCCGGGCUGACGAAGCGCACCACUGACUUGGUGCGGGGAGCAGGAACGGGCCGAGCUGGGCUGACGAAGCGCACCACUGACCUGGUGCGGGGAGCAGGAACGGGCCGGACAGGGCUGACGAAAUGCACCACUGACUUGGUGCGGGGAGCAGGAAUGGGCCGGACCGGGCUGACGACGCGCACCACUGACCUGGUGCGGGGAGCAGGAAUGGGCCGGACCGGGCUGACGACGCGCACCACUGACCUGGUGCGGGGAGCAGGAACGGGCCGGACAGGGCUGACGAAACGCACCACUGACUUGGUGCGGGGAGCAGGAAUGGGCCGGCGACGCGCACCACAGACUUGGUGCGGGGAGCAGGAACAGGCCGGGCCGAGCUGGCGAUGCGCACCGUAGACUUGGUGCGAGUGGCAGGAACAGGCCGGACCGUACUGGGAACACACACCACUGGCCCUACGUGGGGAUCAGGAACAGGCCGGACCGGACUGGCAACACACGCCAGUACCUCUCGCCGUGCCUCUACAUCCUCCUUCCCCCUGGUGACCAGUGACUCCCGUAACCUGGCGGCCUCCUGCUGCCCCGUCGUCCACGGCGUUAGCCCCCCCCUAAAAAAUUUAUGGGCUUCACUCCUACCCGUGGACCAGGUCUCCAUGCUCCUCGCCAGCCUUUUGCCCUUCUGCCUCCACGUCAAGCCCCUCUCUUCCUCACAUGGCUUGACCCAGUCGAGGAGGCGAAGGAGAUCCGCUAGAGAUCUCUCAGGCGCUGGCUCCUGGACUUGCUGCUUGGUCCAGUCUUGGUGGGAUCUUCUGUCACGCUCGUCGGGAACAGAGGAGGACCAAGGCGCAGCGUUGCAGGCAAACAUACUCUUUAUUUAGAGACACGAUCAAAACAACAAACGAUACGUGACAGUUCACGGUCUAACAUAAACAGACUAGAAACAAGAUCCCACAAACUCUGUGGGGAAACAGGCUGCUAAAGUAUGGUUCUCAAUCAGAGACAACAAGCAACAGCUGAAUCACGUUGCCUCUGAUUGAGAACCACACUGGCCAACAUAGAACCACAAUACCAGAAUGUGAAACCUAGAACAACACACAUAGACUUUACACACCCUGGCUCAACAUAUUAGAGUCCCCAGAGCCAGGGCGUGACAACAGUUGGAUAAUAAGUAUGGUAUUAGAAAGUGCAUCUGAUAUUGAAAUGAGGGAAUGCCUACCUAGAAAAAUAUGAUACCUUCUGGCUUGUUGAGCCAUAUGGGGUCAUGUGUUAAGAUGCUGGAAGUACAGAUGCCUCUGGGUUUAAUAUUCUAUCUACUGCUUAGUGUAAGGAAGAGCAGUCAUGCAGUAUAUAACUCUUCCUUUGAAAUAAUUUACAUAAGUACCCAAGUAUAAAUGCAUUAAUGUCCUGACUGCAGUUAUAAUGUAUGGUAUUUUUUUCAGGUAACCCACUGGUUCAAAAACAAAGCUGACUUGUACUUUGAAAAAGAUAAUUUGGGCUCAACUCUCACAGAAAAUAAAGAGCUCCUUCAGGAAUACAAAGAGUUUGAAGAAAAAGCCAAGGUAUGAUACUUUAAAUAUGAAUACACUUUGGGACAUAUUUGCCAAGUGGUUGACUGAUAUUUUCAACAGUAAACAACAAAGCUAUAACAUAAAACUUAUAUAUUAGGGCAUGUCCAAUUUUACUGUAUAUUUGUGACUAUUAUAAUGCUGGGGCCAUGAGCACGACAGCUAAGUGACUUUAGUAUAGAAAACAUACUUGAUCUACAGCCAAUCUAAUAUUCCCUGUGUGUCUGUGUGCGUGUGUGUGCGUGCUUGCGUCCUGUUCUGCAGGACUGGAGUGUGUUGGUGGAGAAACUGCUAGUUCAGUCUUCAGAGCUGCUAGUGGGGGAAGCAGAAGGCCAUGCUGAGGCUGAGACGGGCCAUGUCUCUGAGAGGAGUGUGGCUCUCAAAGCCUUGCACAAACACUUUUGGAACCUCAUGAUGGGCCGGCUGGCACAGCUACAGGAGAGCAACGCCUUCUUCAGCAGCGCCAACAAGGUACAGACACAACUGACUACUGUAUAUAACCCCGCUUAGGAGAGUAGGUACUGAAUCAGCAGUAGAAAGUAGCUAGUGCAACAAUACAUAUCACCUACAGGAGAGCAAUGGCUUCUUUAACAGUGCCAACAAGGGACAGUGCCUUCUCUACAUGUUUUGUGGCCAUAAAUGAUCAGGGCCAACAAGGUAAUUACUGAUUAGUGUACAUAUAGAUAAAACGGUUCUAUAUCUAUGCUAGUGUACAUGUAAUGAGAGAAAUGCCUUCAGUGCCGUCAAGAUUGUUACUGUAACUGUGCAUAUCAUCAAAUCAAAUCAAAUCAAAUUGUAUUUGUCACAUGCGCAGAAUACAACAGGUCUUACCUUACCGUGAAAUGCUUACUUACGAGCCCUUAACCAACAAUGCAGUUUUAAGAAAGUAGAGUUAAGAAAAUAUUUACAAAAUAAACUAAAGUAAAAAAAAGUAAACAAUAAAAUAACACUAAUGAGGCUAUAUACAGGGGGUACCGGUACCACCUUCUUAAGCACUGCCAAUAAGGUACUGUCGCUUUAACAAAGAAAUGGAGGCUAAACUUGUAGGAUAUAGUCAGACCAUCCAAAAAUAUGCUCUCUUGCCAGAUAGCUGCAGUUAGUCUUUAUUUAGUUGACAUGUCCAUGUAGGAAGAUUAAAACAACGCAAACAAAUCUGCUACUGCCAAAUCGUUACGGUUUCACACGACCUAAUGUACAUAUCAUGUGCCACCUUCUUUAGCAUGCCAACAGGGUAGCUAGAAUACUGUACAAAUCAUGUGCCUCUUUCUUUAGCAGUGCCAACCAGGUACCUAGUGUAGCUACUGUAGGCUUGUAUUACAUAUCACCUUCAGGAAAGCCUUCUUUAGUAGUUCCAACAAGGUAGCUACUAUACAUGUAAUAUCAUGUGCCCGACAAAUAUGUGAAGAGUGUAAUUAUUAUUGCAGUACUAAGUGCUUACAACUGUCUUGGAGGUACUCUACACAAGAGUAGGGAACUAGUGACUUUAAUUUGAUUUGAACAUGCUGCCCUCUACUGGACAAUAAGGGUAUAAUAUUUGCGCCAUCUACUGCAUCAUGAAUUAUCACUGUUAUUAUAAUGAGCAACAUUACAUUUAUUCAGGACUUCUGCUGAACCAUCUAUCAUGUUAACAUUAAUAUUUAAUGUAUAUUCUCCUAUCCUCUCAUUCAUGUUUUGUCAGGCUUUUGAGGUCCUGGGAACUGUUGAGAGUAAACUUAAGGGGUUGAAGACCCAGACACUAUGGUUGCCUGAGUUGGCCAAAAAGCAUGAGGAGCUGUUGCGAAGCAUCAAAGAGUCAGCCACCGACCCUCUUCAGAGAGGACAGCUCAUACUGCAUAAGGCCAACCCACAGAGGUAAGGUGCACGGCAUCCAUAUUAGGACAUCCUUAGUCCUCAGACUCAAAACGUCAAAACCACUCUGGUCAAGUUUAAAACCUGCUAUGGUCAAUAAUAACCACAACCUGCUUAUCACUGGUUUGGCAAACAGAGAUUUUGAGUAACAUGUGAUUUCAAUAGUAAAGAUGUCACUGCUAUCACUGUAUUCUGAAAUCAAAUAUACUUGUUAUAUGCAAUGCCGUGUGUGCAAAAUAGGCCUUUAUAUUAAUAGAUGGAUGGAUCAAGAAUGCAGAUAAUAUGAUUAGUACAUGGAGCAUUUCACAGCAGACAUGCCUCUUACUGUAUUUCUAGUACCCAAGUGGAAGGCGUGAAAAGGAUGCUAGGAUAUGUCAGAGACCGGGUUGAUGCUCUGAGCCAAGAGUGCCAUGCUCACCAAGCACUGGCAGCCAAGAGACAGCAGCUGGUGUCCCAAUGUGAAGACCUCAUGGACAAGGUACACUCAAGCCUUAGGUUUUGUCCCAAAUGGCACCCUAUUCCCUUUAUAUUGCACUACUUUUGACCAGGGCCCAUAGGGCUCUGGUCAAAGGUAGUGCACAAUAUAGGAAAAAGGGUGCCGUUUGGGAUGUACCCUUAGCUAUCUUUUUAUUGAGUUACAUCUUUAUUCUGAGCCUAGAGGAAAGUCUUUGUCCUCAGGCCUGGACGGAAGCCAAAGUAAUUCCACUACCCAAGAGUGGUAAAUCGGCCUUUACUGGUUCUAACAGCAGACCUAUAAGCUUGCUGCGAGCUCUUAGCAAACUGUGGGAAAAAAUUGUGUUUGACCAACCAAAUACAACGCUAUUUCUCUGUAAACAAAUUAACAACAGAUGUUCAGCAUACUUAUACGUAGAGAAGGGCACUCAACAUGUACUGCACUGACCCAAAUGACUGGUUGAAAGAAUUUGAUAAUAAGAAGAUUGUGGGAGCUGUACUGUUUUCAGUGCAGCCUUUGAUAUUAUUGACCAUAACCUGUUGUUGAAAAAACGUAUGUGUUAUGGCUUUUCAACCUCUGCCAUAUCGUGGAUUCAGAGCUAUCUAUCAAAUAGAACUCAAAGGGUUUUCUUUAAUGGAAGCUUCUCUAAUGUCAAACAUAUAAAGUGUGGUGUACCGCAGGGCAGCUCUCUAGGCCCUCUACUCUUUUGUAUUUUUACCAAUGACCUGCCACUGGCAUUGAACAAAGCAUGUGUGUCCAUGCUGAUGAUUCAACCAUAUACGCAUCAGCAACCACAGCUAAUGAAGUCACUGAAACCCUUAACAAAUAGUUGUCGUCUGUUUUGGAAUGGGUGGUCAGUAAUAAACUUGUCCUGAACAUCUCUAAAACUAAGAGCAUUGUAUUUGGUACAAAUCAUUCCCUAAGUUUUAGACCUCAGCUGAAUCUGGUAAUGAAUGGUGUGGCUGUUGAACAAGUUGAGGAGACUAAAUUACUUCGCGUUACCUUAGAUUGUAAACUGUCAUGGUCAAAACAUAUAGAUUCAAUGGUUGUAAGAUGGGGAGAGGUUUGUCUGUAAUAAAGAAAUGCUCUGCUUUUUUGACACCACACUCCAAAAAGCGAGUCCUAUAGGCUCUAGUUUUAUCUUAUCUUGAAUAUUGUCCAGUCAUGUGGUCGAGUGCUGCAAGGAAAGACCUAGUUAAGCUACAGCUGGCCUAGAACAGAGCAGCACGUCUUGCUCUUCAUUGUAAUCAGAGGGCUGAUAUACAGUGCAUUCGGAAAGUAUUCAGACCACUUUACUUUUUCCACAUUUUGUUAUGUUACAGCCUUAUUCUAAAAUUGAUUAAAUUGUUUUUUCCCCUCAUCAAUAUACACAGAAUGCCCCAUAAUGACAAAGCAAAUACUGUAAAUACUAUGCAUGCCAGUCUCUCUUGGUUAAGAGUUGACGAGAGACUGACUGCAUCAGUUAUUUUUAUAAGAAACAUUAAUGUGUUGAAAAUCCCAAAUUGUUUGCAUUGUCAAUUUACACACAGCUCUGACACACACACUUACCCCACCAGACAUACAAACAAUAUUUUGGGAGAUUGCAAAAUAUUACCUUUUCAUUCAAGAGAAAGAUAUUGUUUCAGUUGAUAAUAAAACAUUUUUAGUUGUUUCUAUAACUUGUUCUAUAACUUUCUAGCAAGUCAAGCUAUCUUACAGAGCAGCAGGCUAGCUAAAAGCUAGGUUAUGGCUAUACCAAAUAUUUGUAUAACUAAGAUAGACCACAGCCUGUCGUUUCCAAUGGGAACAAAUUAGCCAUUGGGGGCAGAACAAGCAAGGAGGUGGGCAGAGCCAAGCACGAGCUAGCGAGAUCCUAUUGGCACGUUCUAGCAUUCGUUUGCAUAUUUCCGUUAGGGAACGCCUAUUUUGUGAAGUGCGUGUGUGCAAUAACUCAAUUCACAUUUGCACUCCUUCUAAACAACUGCAAUUUUUGGAAACUUUGACAAAGGUUUUAUAUUUUCAUCUUCUUCUGUGGUUUGGUAACUUCCUGUUCUUCAACGGACUCUGGCUGGACUGACGAAGACGCAGAGCUUGGAAAGAUUCAAAGUAUGCAGCAUCCGUCUCGCAACGGAGCUUUCAACUGCAAAGGGGCAUUGUGAUUCCAUUCCGUUGUGGACAGUCCCCAUAAAAAUGAAUGCCAUCCGGUAUAACGUAACGGAGUGCUUAUGGUUAAUGUGAAUGAAGCAUUAUUAUGAAUGUAAUUAUUAAUGAGUGACAACCACUGAAUGUCAUUCAUUACACUUGUUGGAGUUUUGUAACAGAUGUAUCUUUCCAUUCAUCAAAUGGUGGGUGCAUUUUGCACUGUUUGGAUGCGGGACAGCGGGAAUAAUUAUAUAGCGGACGAAUGUGCGCAGGUAGCCAGGCUUGCAUAGGAGCCUUGUGAUGUGAUUUUUUGACAAUCAGAUGAAAACAUCAUGACUGGUUGUGUUUAUGUCACAUUAAAAGGUUUGCCUAAUACAUUUUAAAAGUAAAACAACACAUAUGUACUAUUAGGCUCACAGAGAUGCAAUUAAAUUAAUAGGGAUUCUAUAUGUAAUUCUAUGAUUAGGUCCAUCAUUUUUUUUCAACCCUGUUCCUAUUGAUGUGUCAGCUGACUGCUAGUCUCAUUGGGCUGAAUUCAGAGUUGACAUAAGCAUGUGCAAGUUAGACUUUUGCAUAAUAUAAUUCACUGUCAGUGGGAGAGGUGCAUAAAAGUAAAAACAUAUAUAUAUGCCAUUUAACAGAGUCUUUUAUCCAAAGUGACUUACAACAUGCGUGCAUACAUUUUAUGUUUGGGUGGUCCCAGGAAUUGAACCCACUACCCUGGUGUUGACAAGGGGCAUGCGCUACCAACUGAGCUACAAAGGACCAGUUAAGCGUAUCUAAAGUCAGAUUACAGCCCAUUCUCAAACGCGUAGCAAGGCUAGUUGACAGCCUACGAUCAACUGCUAAUGCUUUCAUGUGUGUGUAAAUGUCCAUGUAUUUCAGUUGACUGCAUUUGAAUGAAUUGUGGAACUAAUAAAGUAAAGUAAAAGUAAUGUGUUUCUGUCCCAGAUCUCAGUGUGGCUAAAGAGCAGCAACGGUGUCCUCUCCAGCAACACUGAGCCAGGCUCCCUGCUCUCCCAGUCUGAAGACAUGCUCAACAAACACCUGGAACUCUCUUCACAGACACAGGUAGAGUCAGAUAUAACACCUGUACACUUACUCAACCCUAUUCAGAUAUACGUCCCUUUUGUUUAUUUACACAGCUCUUGUACAACGUUUGGGGUCACUUCCAUUUCAAUUCAGGAAUCUCAGUUUACUUCCUGAAUUGAAUUCAUUCUAAUGGACCUAACCCUGUCUUGUACUGUACUAAAGCAUACACAUUACAUUACCAACAGUUUGUGGACACCUGCUCGUCGAACAUCUCAUUCCAAAAUCAUGGGCAUUAAUAUGGUGUUGGUCCCCCCUUUGCUGCCAUAACAGCCUACACUCUUCUGGGAAGGCUUUUCACUAGAUGUUGCAACAUUGCUGCUGGGACUUGCUUCCAUUCAGCCACAAGAGCAUUAGUCAGGUCGGGCACUGAUGUUGGGCGGUUAGGCCUGGCUCGCAGUCGGCAUUCCAAUUCAUCCCAAAGGUGUUCAAUGGGGUUGAGGCCAACCAAGUUCUUCCACACCGAUCUCGACAAACCAUUUCUGUAUGGACCUCGCUUUGUGCACGGGGGCAUUGUCAUGCUGGAACAGGAAAGGACCUUACCCAAACUGUUGCCACUAAGUUGAAAGCACAGUAUCGUCUAGAAUGUCAUUGUAUGCUGUAGCAUUACGAUUUCCCUUCACUGGAACUAAGGGGCCUAGACCGAACCAUGAAAAACAGCCCCAGACCAUUAUUCCUCCUACACCAAACUUUACAGUUGACACUAUGCAUUCGGGCAGGUAGCAUUUUCCUGGCAUCCGCCAAACCCAGAUUUGUCCAUCGGACUGCCAGAUGGUAAAGUGUGAUUCAUCACUCCAGAGAAUGCGUUUCCACUGCUCCAGUCCAAAAAUGGCGAACUUUACACCACUCUAGCCAUCGCUUGGCAUUGCGCAUGGUGAUCUUAGGUUGGUGUGCGGCUGCUUGGCCAUGGUAACCCAUUUCACGAAGCUCCCGACUAACAGUUAUUGUGCUGACGUUGCUUCCAGAGGCAGUUUGGAACUCUAUAGUGAGUGUUGCAAUCGAGGACAGACGAUUUCUACGCGUUUCAGCAUUCGGUGGUCCCGUACUUUGAGCUUGUGUGGCUUACCACUUCGCGGCUAAGCCGUUUUUGCUCCUAGACAUUUCCACUUCACAAUAACAGCACUUACAGUUGACUGGUGCAGCUCUAGCAGGGCAGAAAUUUGACAAACGUACUUGUUGGAAAGGUGGCAUCCUAUGAGCGUGCCACGUUGAAAGUCACUGAGCUCUUCAGUAUGGCCAUUCUACUGCCAAUGUUUGUCUGUGGAGAUUGCAUGGCUGUGUGCUCGAUUUUAUACACCAGUCGGCAACAGGUGUGGCUGAAAUAGCCGAAUCCACUAAUUUGAAGGGGUGUCCACAUACUUUUGUGUAUAAAAUAGUGUAUGUGUUACCAUAGAGUUUUCUCAACCCUGGUAAUUUGGUUCUCAGGAAACAGUCAGUGAGGCAGAGGCCAUGGCAGAACUGAUAAAGGAACUGAGAACACUGGAGUGUCCUGAAGCCACUGAGUUCUCCAACAAAGCAUCACUGCUAGAAGAGGAGCUGAAGACAGUCACCAGAAACAUCACAUCUCGCAUCGAGAAUAUCCGACCAUACGUGGGCUUCUUGCGAAUUGCUGAGGAGGUUAUUUUCUCUUACAUCAUUUGAUGAAACUUAGGAAGCUCAUGGUUUUUAUAGAUCUGUAUAGUUAGUUUGGUACAGUGGUAUCUGACUAAAUAAUGUUACAUAAUUAUGUACAGUGUACAUUUAAGUUUUUAUGUAUUUCAUUAAUAUUAUGUUGAAAGCACAGGGGAAUUCAAAUGAAAUGUGUCAUUAACUGAAAUGGAAAUCAAUCUGAAAUGCAGUGUUGGGGAAGCUACUCUGAAAAUAUAAUUUACGAAGAUGCCAGUUACUUAACCCUGGAAGAAGUUAAGCUACACCAAAGCUACCCUUAAGAAAGAUAUAGUUUACUUAUCUAAAGUUACUUUGUAGUUCACUACAUCCAAACCUCUUCAUGAAAGAUUAUCAUAUGUAAAUCUGAAAUGUCAUAGAAGACAAUUUGCAAGAACAGUUCACUUUGGGGUCAUAUGUUAACAGAAUGUGUAAUUUAGCCUAUUAAGCACAAAAUCAAUGUUUCAAGUGAGAAUUAGGCAGGUCGGAUGCCAAAAAAGAAAGUAAAUGAUUGCCUACUUCACCCAUAUUUUAUUUUCCUUUUGCAAGAAGAGUAGUGUGUAGCUCCAGUAGUUAACUGCACAACUACAUGGCAAAAAAAGUAAUUAACUACUGAAAACACUACCUAGAUUUGAAUUUAGUUUAACUACCACUAAGCUACUGCAAAAAGUAGUUAAAUUACUAGUUGAACUACUUGUAGUUUACUACGCCACAACACUGCUAAAAUGUAAUAUUCUGACAUGUGUGACUCCAAUGCUGGUUCAGGUGGAGGAACAGAUGCAGAGUCUACAUGAGAGCUAUAACAGGAAGCCAGAGGAGGAGGAGAAUGAGGAGAGUGGAGUAACGUCUAAGGAGAUAGCUGACGCUAAGUGGCAAUCCAUGUUGGAACGCUUCCUCACCACACUGGACCUAGGAAACAACUACAUCAACUCCUCAAACAUGGUGAGAGACAUUAUUAAGCCUCAACCCCUCCAUGCACUGUUAUCCAUGCUAACAUUGAGCCUUCCUAUAAGCCAUUGCUUUUCUGUCUGCACAUACAGUUCAUUCAGAAAGUAUUCAGACCCCUUGAGUUUUUCCACAUUUUGUUACGUUACAGCCUUAUUCUAAAAUGGAUUAAAUUAAUUGUUUUCCUCAUCAAUCUACGUACAAUUCCCCAUAAUGACAAAGAGAAAACAGGUUUGUAGAAAUAUUUGCAAAAAAUAAAAACAUAAAAAAAAUAUUUAUAUAAGUAUUCAGACCCUUUGCUGUGAGACUCGAAAUUGAGCUCAGGUGCAUCCUGUUUCCAUUGAUCAUCCUUGAGAUAUUUCUACAACUUCAUUGGAGUCCACCUGUGGUAAAUUCAAUUGAUUGGACAAGAUUUGGAAAGGCAUACACCUGUCUAUAUAAGGUCCCACAGCUGACAUUGCAUGUCAGAGCAAAGACCAAGCUAUGAGCAAAGACCGUAGAGCUCAGAGACAGGAUUGUGUCGAGGCACAGAUCUGGGGAAGGGUACCAAAAAAUGUAUGCAGCAUUGAAGGUCCCCAAGAACAUAGUGGCCUCAAUCAUUCUUAAAUGGAAGAAGUUUGGAACCACCAAGACUCUUCCUAGAGCUGGUCGCCUGGCCAAACUGAGCAAUCAGGGGAGAAGGGCCUUGGUCAGGGAGAUGACCAAGAACCUGAUGGUCACUCUGACAGAGCUCCAGAGUUCUUCUGUGGAGAUAGAAGAACCUUCCAGAAGGACAACCAUCUUUGCAGCACUCCAACAAUCAGGCCUUUAUGGUAGAGUGGCCACACUCCUCAGUAAAAGGCACAUGACAGCCCGCUUGGAGUUUAACAAAAAGCACCUAAAGACUCUCAGACCAUGAGAAACAAGAUUCUCUGGUCUGAAGAAACCUGGCACCAUCCCUACGGUGAAGCAUGGUGGUGGCAGCAUCAUGCUGUUGGGAUGUUUUUCAGUGGCAGGGACUGGGAGACUAGUCAGGAUUGAGGGAAAGAUGAACAGAGCAAAGUACAGAGAGAUCCUUGAUGAAAACCUGCUCCAGAGCGCUCAGGACCUCAGACUGGGGCGAAGGUUCACCAUCCAACAGGACAACGACCCUAAGCACACAGCCAAUACAACGCAGGAGUGGCUUCUGGACAAGUCUCUGAAUGUCCUUGAGUGGCCCAGCCAGAGCCCGGAUAUGAUCCCGGUCGAACAUCUCUGGAGAGACCUGAAAAUAGCUGUGCAGUGACGCUCCCCAUCCAACCUGACAGAGCUUGAGAGGAUCUGCAGAGAAGAAUGGGAGAAACUCCCCAAAUACAGGUGUGCCAAGCUUCUAGCGUCAUACCCAAGUAGACUCAAGGCUGUAAUCGCUGCCAAAGGUGCUUCAACAACGUACUGAGUAAAGGGUCUGAAUACUUAUGUAAAUGUAUAUUUCCAUUUUUAAUUUUUUAUGAAUGUGCAAAAUUGUCUACAAACUGUUUUUGCUUUGUCAUUAUGAGGUAUUGUGUGUAGAUUUAUGAGGGAAAAAAAACAAUUUAAUCAAUUUUAAAAUAAGGCUGUAACGUAACAAAAUGUGGAAAAAGUCAAGGGGGUUGAAUACUUUCCGAAUGCACUGUAUAUCUUAGAAUUAACAAGUAAUAAUAAUACAUUUUAUUUUAAGCGCUUUUCAAGACACCCAAGUCACUUUACAUACACAAGAUAAUCAGCAGGAUAAAAAGCAAUACAAUCACACAUUAAAAUAAGCAAGUAUAUAAAAGUACACGAAAUAUAAGGACAGACUAACCAGGGAGGUGAACUAAACAGGGUUUCAGCAGUGGGUUCAGUGCGAGAGGGUCUGAGUCGUGAGAUGUUUUUGAGGUGGAAGAAGGCUGACUUGGUGAUGUUUUGGAUUCUGGGUUCAAAUGACAGCGUGGGGGACAAACGUAACAGCAAGUUCCUGACUGUGGAGUUUUUUGCUUUUUAAAACUAAAUGAUGCCAAAACAGAGGUCAUGCCAAAAUUAGACAAACCUUAUAACCAUUGAUUAUUGCAUUUUCAUAUAAGUAUGGUUAGCAUUGCUUUGGAAUAAUAACUUCCGCCAACAUCCAGGAGCCCUUCGUAAGGGCUGUAGGAUACAGAUAAGAUCCAGUACCUGAUACCAAUGGAUUCUUUAUGUUGACAUUGUCAGGUGAGUGAGAACCUGAAUCUGAAUGUGAGGGCAGCCAUCGGUGUGGUGGAGAAGACCAUUGAGGAGCUGAACAAGAAGAAGGUGGAUCUGUCAGACCUCUGGACCUCCUGGCAGCUCCACGUCAGUCAGAUGAAGUCCGUCAAGAAACAGUUGAAGAAAUACAAAGAACAACUGAAAAAGGUACAACACAAAUAAGUAUAUAUAAUGUACACUACCGUUCAAAAGUUUGGGGUCACUUAGAAAUGUCCUUGUUUUCGAAAGAAAAGCAAUUUUUCUGUCCAUUUAAAAUAACAUAAAAUCAGAAAUACAGUGUAGACAUUGUUAAUGUUGUAAAUGGCUAUUGUAGCUGGAAACGGCUGAUUUUGUAUGGAAUAUCGACAUAGGCGUACAGAGGCCCAUUAUCAGCAACCAUCAGUCCUGUGUUCCAAUGGCACGUUGUGUUUGCUAAUCCAAGUUUAUCAUUUUAAAAGGCUAAUUAAUCAUUAGAAAACCCUUUUGCAAUUAUGUUAGCACAGCUGAAAACUGUUGUGCUGAUUAAAGAAGCAAUAAAACUGGCCUUCUUGAGACUAGUUGAGUAUCUGGAGCAUCAGCAAUUGUGGGUUCGAUUACAGGCUCAAAAUGGCCAGAAACAAAGAACUUUCUUCUGAAACUCGUCAGUCUAUUCUUGUUCUGAGAAAUGAAGGCUAUUCCAUGCGAGAAAUUGCCAAGAAACUGAAGAUCUCGUACAACGCUGUGUACUACUCCCUUCACAGAACAGUGCAAACUGGCUCUAACCAGAAUAGAAAGAGGAGUGGGAGGCCUCGGUGCACAACUGAGCAAGAGGACAAAUACAUUACAGUUUCUAGUUUGAGAAACAGACGCCUCACAGGUCCUCUACUAGCAGCUUCAUUAAAUAGUACCCUCAAAACACCAGUCUCAACGUCAACAGUGAAGAGGUGACUCCGGGAUGCUGACCUUCUAGGCAGAGUUGCAAAGAAAAAGCCAUAUCUCAGACUGCCCAUCUUAAUAUUUUCUUUUUAUUGGCCAGCCUGCUCAAAUAAGCAAAUAGAAACGACAGUCCAUCAUUACUUUAAGACAUCCGGAAAAUCAGGCCUUCAUGGUCGAAUUGCUGCAAAGAAACCACUACUAAAGGACACCAAUAAGAAGAAGAUACUUGCUUGGGCCAAGAAACACGAGCAAUGGACUUUAGACCGGUGGAAAUCUGUCCUUUGGUCCGAUGAGUCCAAAUUUGAGAUUUUUGGUUCCAACCGCCGUGUCUUUGUGAGACGCAGAGUACGUGAACGGAUGAUCACCGCAUGUGUGGUUCCCACCAUGAAGCAUGGAGGAGGAGGUGUUAUGGUGUGGGGUUGCUUUGCUGGUGACACUGUCAGUGAUUUAUUUAGAAUUCAAGGCACACUUAACCAGCAUGGCUACCACAGCAUUCUGCAGCGAUACGCCAUCCCAUCUGGUUUGUGCUUAGUGGGACUAUCAUUUGUUUUUCAACAGGACAAUGACCCAAACACACCUCCAGGCUGUGUAAGGUCUAUUUGACCAAGAAGGAGAGUGAUUGAGUGCUGAAUCAGAUGACCUGGCCUCCACAAUCACCCGACCUCAACCCAAUUGAGAUGGUAUGGAAAAGCAGCCAACAAGUGCUCAGCAUAUUUGGGAACUCCUUCAAGACUGUUGGAAAAGCAUUCCUCUUGAAGCUGGUUGAGAGAAUGCCAAGAGUGUGCAAAGCUGUCAUCAAGGCAAAGGGUGGCUACUUUGAAGAAUCGCAUUUGUUUAACACUUUUUGGGUUACUACAUGAUUCCAUAUGUGUUAUUUCAUAGUUUUGAUGUCUUCACUAUUAUUCUACAAUGUAGAAAAUAGUAAAAAUAACGAAAAUCCCUUGAAUGAGUAGGUGUAUCCAAACUUUUGACUGGUACUAUAUAUCCAUGACAAAUUCCUGAAUCACAACAAAUGUAUUCUCAAUUUAUCAUAAGUGCAAUCUCAUUUAGUGUUAAGACAACCCCCUGAAUACAAUGUUGGAACAGAAGUGUUAUUUUUUUUUUAUUGAGUUUUUUUUUACAGACUGUUCAUGACCUAAAGAAUGUGGAGGAGGUUCUUGUCCCGACCUCUAAAGUAGAUCUGGGAAGGGAUCUUCAGACUGUGUCCAAGCUACUGGAGAACUUUAACCUAGCUAAGCCCCAGUUUCUGGUAAGAACUGUAGCCUAUUGGCAUGUCAUACACAGUAGGUAGAAGAAAUCACAACAUUAUUAUGUCUGAUUAUGUAUAAUACUUUUACAAUAGUACCAAUAGUCUGUGUUAGUAGUUAGUUAGUAUACACUUUACCUUAUCUAUACAGUAUCUUUACAGGGGCUCUAAGAAGCAUGACACCAUGCCUACAUUUGUGUUCUGGUCCAUUAUGUGAUAUCCUAUAGGUAAAUAUGCAUUAUUAUUCUACUAUAUCUCUAUUUACUGUAUGUCCCCUGUAGCAGUUGAAUGCAGAAGUAGAAUACAUGGUGAAGACAUCAGAACUGUUGGCGUUGAAAGGAAUUCCUAUCAAAGAGAAGAGUGAGAAAGUCACAGAGAUGCUUCACCUUCAUCAGAGAGUGAAAAAUAAAAUCAAAGAGUAUGAGUCUGUCCUCAACAUGGCCGUGAAGUUCCACCAGCUCUAUGACGAGGUAACAACACAUAGUCUAAGUGUGCGGGUUGUGUACCGCCCUAUUCCCAAUGGAAUAGUGCACUACUUUUGACCAGGGCUCAUAAGGUGUACUAUAUAGGGAAUAGGGUGAAAUUUGGGACGCAACCAUAGUCUUACAUUCUGUAAAUAUCAGGGAGGGUGUUAUCUUUGCUAUAGUCUCUUCAGAGUCAUUGUGUCUGGGUCUGGCAUGGAAAACUAUAUUUGCUGUGUGUUUGAGAGAACACAUGGGAUCAGUUUAGAAUAGAUCAAAGCUCCCUGCCCUUCACAGACAUUUUCAGAUUGAAAUGUCACAUAAAUAUUGUAACUAUCAGAGAGUUACUUACCUAUCUAGCUUUUCUGUAGACACCAAAGAACACAGGAUAUCAGUUAAGAGAUGCCCUGGAGAUUCCUCGCAGACCUUUUCAGCCAGAAAUGUACCAUAAGAGAUUAAUACUUUGCAUGCUUUGCAGGUUUCCCAGACAAGAUAACACAGAAGACACUAAUAGACCUCAUUACUUACUAAUUUUAUAAUCAAUUCUUGAACAGCUGGUGAUAUGCAAACAUCAUUAAACACACAUAGAUUCGGAUCAUAGCAAUAAAUAAACAGCCUCCUAAUUGGUUCAUUGUUUUGUCCCCAGCUGGAUAAGCUGUUAAUGUUGGAGCCUGUGACGGGGUUCAGUGAGACGAGCCAGGCUAAGAUCCAGCUGAUCCAACACCAGGACAGACAGAGUCACGUCAGACACCUAUACAAGCUGGCUAUCUCUCUGGGAGGAGAUAUCAGCAACACUGUACAACAGUCGGUGAGAAGACACACACACACACACAGCCACGUCAGACACCUGUACAAGUUGGCCAUCUCUCAGUAACACUGUCGGUGCGACUGCAAGGCAACACCUCAUCAUUCACCGCUGUUGUUUGUUUGUCUUGACCCUGAGAGCAUGUUUGCACUCCCCUUGCACCAAGUGCUGGACUUUUUUUUUCACAGGCACAAUGCAUACCAAUGAAAUGCUAAAUAAUAAAUAAACUCAGCAAAAAAAGAAAUGUCCUCUCACUGUCAACUGCGUUUAUUUUCAGCAAACUUAACAUGUGUAAAUAUUUGUAUGAACAUAACAAGAUUCAACAACUGAGACAUAAACUGAACAAGUUCCACAGACAUGUGACUAACAGAAAUUGUAUAAUGUGUCACUGAACAAAGGGGGGGUCAAAAUAAAAAGUAACAGUCAGUAUCUGGUGUGGCCACCAGCUGCAAUAAGUACUGCAGUGCAUCUCCUCCUCAUGGACUGCACCAGAUUUGCCAGUUCCUGCUGUGAGAUGUUACCCCAUUCUUCCACCAAGACACCUGCAAGUUCCUGGACAUUUCUUGGGGGAAUGGCCCUAGCCCUCACACUCCGAUCCAACAGGUCCCAGACGUGCUCAAUGGGAUUGAGAUCCGGGCUCUUCGCUGACCAUGGCAGAACACUGACAUUCCUGUCUUGCAGGAAAUCACGUACAGAACGAGCAGUAUGGCUGGUGGCAUUGUCAUGCUGGAGGGUUAUGUCAGGAUGAGCCUGCAGGAAGGGUACCACAUGAUGGAGGAGGAUGUAACACUCAUUUCUUCGACGAUAAACGCGAAUCCGACCAUCACCCCUGGUGAGACAAAACUGCGACUCGUCAGUGAAGAGCACUUUUUGCCAGUCCUGUCUGGUCCAGCGAUGGUGGGUUUGUGCCCAUAGGCGACAUUGUUGCCGGUGAUGUCUGGUGAGGACCUGCCUUACAACAGGCCAACAAGCCCUCAGUCCAGCCGCUCUCAGCCUAUUGCGGACAGUCUGAGCACUGAUAGAGGGAUUGUGCGUUCCUGGUGUAACUCGGGCAAUUGUUGUUGCCAUCCUGUACCUGUCCCGCAGGUGUGAUGUUCGGAUGUACCGAUCCUGUGCAGGUGUUGUUACACGUGGUCUGUCACUGCGAGGACGAUCAGCUGUCCGUCCUGUCUCCAUUGCAAUUUAUUGCCCUGGCCACAUCUGCAGUCCUCAUGUCUCCUUGCAGCAUACCUAAGGCACAUUCACGCAGAUGAGCAGGGACCCUGGGCAUCUUCCUUUUGGUGUUUUUCAGAGUCAGUAGAAAGGCCUCUUUAGCGUCCUAAGUUUUCAUAACUGUGACCUUAAUUGCCUACCGUCUGUAAGCUGUUAUUGUCUUAACGACCGUUCCACAGGUGCAUGUUCAUUAAUUGUUUAUGGUUCCUUGAACAAGCAUGUGAAACAGUGUUUAAACCCUUUACAAUGAAGAUCUGUUAAGUUAUUUGGAUUUUUUACGAAUUAUCUUUGAAAGACAGGGUCGUGAAAAAGGGACGUUUCUUUUUUUGCUGAGUUUAGAAGUAUACUUUUGAAGAUUGUUACAUUUCCUGAUCAUUAUCCUAUGAUACAAACAUUUUCUCUCCUGCCAUCCCAGCAUGCCUCAGGUUUCUCUGUGCAGCGUCUGCAGGAGCGUCUGGAGAGACUGGAGAGAGGCUGUGUGAACUGGAGUGCUGAGGCCAACAGGUGUGAAGAGAGCCUCAUCAGCAACAUGUACUACUGUGUCUUCAAGGAGGAGAUCACUGAGGUGAAACCCUCUCUCUCUCUCUCGCUCACACACACACACACACACACACACACACACACACACACACACACACACACACACACACACACACACACAGCUUCAAGGAGGAGAUCACUAAGGUUGGACAAACAACCCUUUGGCUUUAUAUCAAUUAGUCUAUUAGUGUAGGUCAGGGCUCUCCAACCCUGUUCCUGGAGAGCUACACUCCUGUAAGUUUUAACUCCAACCCUCUUCCUGGAGAGCUACCCUCCUGUAGGUUUUAACUCCAAACCCUGUUCCUGGAGAGCUACCCUCCCGUAGGUUUUAAUUCCAACCCUGUUCCUGGAGAGCUACCCUCCCGUAGGUUUUAACUCCAACCCUGUUCCUGGAGAGCUACCCUCCCAUAGGUUUUAAUUCCAACCCUGUUCCUGGAGAGCUAACCUCCUGUAGGUUUUAACUCCAAACCCUGUUCCUGGAGAGCUACCCUCCCGUAGGUUUUAAUUCCAACCCUGUUCCUGGAGAGCUACCCUCCCAUAGGUUUUAACUCCAAUCCUGUUCCUGGAGAGCUACGCUACUGUAGGUUUUAAGUCCAACCCUGUUCCUGGAGAGCUACAACCCGAGUUAUAGCUAACCUGAUUCAACCAGCUAAUUAUUAGUAUCAGGUGUGCUAGAUUAGGGUUGGAGUGAAAACCUACAGGACGGUAGCUCUCCAGGAACAGGGUUAUGCACCCCAAUGUAUCUAACCCAGGCCCCAGAUCAAGAGUUCAAUUUAUCUAACACAGGUCCCAGAUCAAGAGCUCAAUUUAUCUAACCCAGGUCCCAGAUCAAGAGCUCAAUUGAUCUGAGGUCAAACCCUCUCUCUCUCGCUCACACACACACACACACACACACACACACACACACACACACACACACACACACACACACACACACACACACACACACACACACACACACACACACACACACACACACACACACACACACACACACAGCUUCAAGGAGGAGAUCACUAAGGUUGGACGGUGAAACAACCCUUUGGCUUUAUAUCAAUUAGUCUAUUAGUGUAGGUCAGGGCUCUCCAACCCUGUUCCUGGAGAGCUACACUCCUGUAGGUUUUAACUCCAACCCUGUUCCUGGAGAGCUACACUCCUGUAAGUUUUAACUCCAAGCCUGUUCCUGGAGAGCUACCCUCCUGUAGAUUUUAACUCCAACCCUGUUCCUGGAGACCUACCCUCCUGUAGGUUUUAACUCCAACCCUGUUCCUGGAGAGCCACCCUCCUGUAGGUUUUAACUCCAACCCUGUUCCUGGAGAGCUACCCUCCUGUAGGUUUUAACUCCAAACCCUGUUCCUGGAGAGCUACACUCCCGUAGGUUUUAACUUCAACCCUGUUCCUGGAGAGCUACGCUACUGUAGGUUUUAAGUCCAAUCCUGUUCCUGGAGAGCUACAACCCGAGUUAUAGCUAACCUGAUUCAACCAGCUAAUUAUUAGUAUCAGGUGCGCUAGAUUAGGGUUGGAGUGAAAACCUACAGGACGGUAGCUCUCCAGGAACAGGGUUAUGCACCCCAAUGUAUCUAACCCAGGCCCCAGAUCAAGAGUUCAAUUUAUCUAACCCAGGUCCCAGAUCAAGAGCUCAAUUUAUCUAACCCAGGUCCCAGAUCAAGAGCUCAAUUGAUCUAACCCAGGUCCCAGAUCAAGAGCUCAAUUUAUCCAACCCAGGCCCCAGAUCAAGAACACAAUUGAUCUAACCCAGGCCCCAGAUCAAGAGCUCAAUUUAUCUAACACAGGCCCCAGAUCAAGAGCUCAAUUUAUCUAACACAGGCCCCAGAUCAAGAGCUCAAUUUAUCUAACACAGGCCCCAGAUCAAGAGCUCAAUUUAUCAAACACAGGGACCAGAUCAAGAGCUCAAGCUUGGGGCUUUUAGGACUGUGUCACGUUCGUUGAAUGAUGGGUCAGACCAAGGCGCAGCGUGAUAUGCAUACAUGUUUAUUUUAACUAUUAAACACCACGACAAAACAAUAAACGAAACGAAACGUGAAGUCCAAGGUAGUACAGAAAACAAACCUUACACGGAACAAGAUCCCACAACUAGAGAGUGCCAAUAGGCUGCUUAAGUAUGGUCCCCAAUCAGAGACAACGAGCGACAGCUGCCUCUGAUUGGGAACCACACCGGCCAACAUAGAACUAGACAUACUAGAUCCUCAUACAUAGAACAAGCACAACAAGGAAUAUACACACCCUGACUCAACAUAUAAGCGUCCCCUGAGUCAGGGCGUGACAGACUGUGAUCCUUGUCUCUAGAGGGUCUAUAUUCAAAGUGACAUUCCCUCCCUCUCCUCCCUCUCUCUUUCCCUCCCCCUCCAUCCUCCUGUCUCUGCCAUUUGUCUCAUGUUUCUCCAGUCAGGAGAGCAGAUUCCUCUCAUAUCAGCUGUGGAAGCGCAACCCAAAUAAGAGGCCUCAAUACCAGGGCCUCAAUCCCCUAUUUAUUAGAGAUUCCCUUGGCCUAAUAAUGAUUAUAUCUGCAUGUCAUAUGUAGGCCUGUGGGUGGUACUAGUCUAAAGUUUGCACACACAUCUUUAGCAGUUUCUUUAUCAUGUUUCCUGUUCCAAAUCUAUUCAUGGAACUCUAUUUUUACUCCAACACACCAUUUAUGGCACAGCCAAGAUGUGUUUGUCCUCUGCCUCCAUCUAGUGAACGAUGUUGUCAGUAUGUAAGUGUUUAUACAACUUGAGAUGCUCUGUUUUUAUAAACAUUUUUGGGUCCAUUUCUUAUUAAUUCACCACCAUAUCAGUUUUCAUUGUUAAUAACUGCAAUCAAAAUGUUGUUUUCAUUAGGGUGUUUCUGUUACCUCACAUGGCUUGGUUAUACAUACCCUAGAAAGGCCCUUUCUACUGAAUAAUACACAUUUUCCAACACUUGAGAAGUGAGGGCAUAAUUAUUAUUUUCUGGUUAGGUUAUUUCAUCUGGCCAGCAGAGGGAGCCGCUGUUGCCUCCUUAGAGAAAGUAGAGCGCUCGUAAAUAUGUCAUGAAUAUAUCACCUUGCUUGGAUCAUUACUUGGAAUACAUGUGACAGUAUUUCAUAUACCACCAUGUCGCUGAUACAGGUUGACAUACUUCUCCGUUCCCACUAUAUUAAGGACACCAUACAGUUGGCUGAGCAUACCUAGACACACCUAGACAUUUACCAGACACUGCUAAAAGGUUACAGUCAUUUUGGAAAGUAUUCGGACCCCUUGACUUUUUCCACAUUUUGUUACAUUACAGCCGUAUUCUAAAAUGGAUUAAAUUGUUUUUUCCCCUCAUUAAUCUACACACAAUACCCCAUAAUGACAAAGCAAAAACAGGUUUUAGAAAACCAGAAAUAUCACAUUUACAUAAGUAUUCAGACCCUUUACUCAGUACUUUGUUAAAGCACCUUUGGCAGCGAUUACAGCCUUGAGUCUUCUUUGGUAUGACACAAGCUUGGCACACCUGUAUUUGGGGAGUUUCUCACAUUCUUCUCUGCAGAUCCUCACAACCUCUGUAAGGUUGGAUGGGGAGCGUCACUGCACAGCUAUUUUCAGGUCUCUCCAGAGAUGUUCGUCCGGGCUCUGGCUGGGCCACUCAAGGACAUUCAGACACUUGUCCCGAAGCCACUCCUGUGUUGUCUUGGCUGUGUGCUUAGGGUCGUUGUCCUGUUUGAAGGUAAACCUUCGCUCCAGUCUGAGGUCCUGAGCGCUCUGGAGCAGGAUUUCAUCAAGGAUCUCUCUGUCCUUUGUUCCGUUCAUCGUUCCCUCGAUCCUGACCAGUCCUUGCCGCUGAAAACGACAACAUCCCAACAGCAUGAUGCUGCCACCACUAUGCUUCACCAUAGGGAUGCCAGGUUUCCUUCAGACUUGACGCUUGGUAUUCAGGCCAAAGAGUUCAAUCUUGGUUACAUCAGACCAGAGAAUCCUGUUUCUCAUGGUCUGAGAGUCCUUUAGGUGCCUUUUGGCAAACUCCAAGCGGGCUGUCAUAUGCCUUUUACUGAGGAGUGGCUUCCGUCUGGCCGCUCUACCAUAAAGGCCUAAUUGGUGGAGUGCUGCAGAGAGGGUUGUCCUUCUGGAAGGUUCUCCCAUCUCCACAGAGGAACUCUGGAGCUCUGUCAGAGUGACCAUCAUGUUCUUGGUCACCUCCCUGACCAAGGCCCUUCUCCCGUUAUUGCUCAGUUUGGCCAGGCGGCCAGCUCUAGGAAGAGUCUUGGUGGUUCCAAACUUCUUCCAUUUAAGAAUGAUGGAGGCCACUGUGUUCUUGGGGACCUUCAAUUCUGCAGACAUUUUGUGGUACCCUUCUCCAGAUCUGUGUCUCGACACAAUCCUGUUUCAGAGCUCUACGGACAAUUCCUUCGACCUCAUAGCUUGGUUUUUGCUCUGAUAUGCACUGUCAACUGUGUGACCUUAUAUAGACAGCUGUGUGCCUUUCCAAAUCAUGUCCAAUUAAUUGAAUUUACCACAGUUGGACUCCAAUCAAGUUGUAGAAACAUCUCAAGGAUGAUCAAUGGAAAUAGGAUGCACCUGAGCUCAAUUUCUAGUCUCAUAGCAAAGGGUCUGAAUAUUUAUGUAAAUAAGGUAUUCAUUUUUUAUUUGUUAUUUUACAUUUGCAAAAAUGUCUAAAUACCUGUUUUUGCACUGUCAUUAUGGGGUAUUGUGCGUAGAUUGAUGAGGACAAUUUUUUAUUUAAUCCAUUUUAGAAUAAGGCUGUAAUGUAACAAAAUGUGGAAAAAGUCAAGGGGUCUGAAUACUUUCCUAAUGCACUGUAUUUCAAAGUUGGUGACAAUAAUUUCAAUUCAGUCAAUUCAAGAAGUACAGUAAACUGAAAUUCCAAUUUCAAUUGCCUUAUUAAAUAGCAUGGAAUUUCAGUUUACUUCCUGAAUUGACUGAAUUGAAAUGGAAUUAACUCCGAUCAUGUCUUAUGUAAUCUUACAGACCAGUCUACAAAACAUUUUUUGUGCAUGAAUAAAGAAUGAGAUGAUACAUUCAGAAAAAAUAUGACUUUCUAUUGAAUUACAAUUCAAGUAGAUGAUAUGAUCAAUAUAUUCUUAAUAGUAAUGACUAAGUAUUUAAUAUUAAUAUUAAUGACAUAAGUAAGUAUUAAGCAGUAAUGGUAAGAAAUUGAAAGAAGGGUAUUUUUUCUCUCUUUGCUGUGCCAUAAGUUUCCAUGAAAUAGACAGGCCAUGUGUUGUAGGGGUCAGUGGGUUUUGACUAGAUGGGAUACAGCUUAUGUCAGAAUUGACCAGGAUUGACUUUUCGUAGCAGGUUAGGAGAACUUAUGCAGCGGGUUAGGAUAAUUAACGUAGCAGGUUAGGAAAAGGUUUAGGCUUAGCUAAAAUGCAAAAAAUGUCAACUUUAGACGUCCAUUUGACUAGCCAACAGCCUUUUAUAAAUAUGGAUGAGUAGACAAGAUGGCAUUUUAUUAGCAGGGGCAGUUGCUGCUGCUCAUCAGCUGGGGUGAGACUCCAUUUAAAUCUGAUCGUGCUCUCAGACUGUACCCUCAAUUUACAGUAGCACAGUCUAGGCCUAGUGCCUAUUGCUCUCAAGAGUCAUACUGCUCUGGUUCUGCAAACUAAAGGCCGAUGUUUUUCUUGAGCGGAUGGUCAGGGGUCCGGAACAUAAAUUCUAGACUGCAAAUUGACCGCAAGAAGCCCAAACAGAUAUAAUAUUUGAAUAAAUCAUAAUCAUUUCAAACCUUGCUUACAUUUGUAUACGAUCACAUACAGUAUAUUUCUAUUAUGCGUGGGAAUCUUUGUCAUCUGUCAUCUUGAAAUAGCGCAAUAUUUUUAGAAAACCAAUCCAAUUAUUCUUCUGUAUCUACAGUCUUUCUUGAUGGGUAUGCUUAUAGUUCUUUAAAGGUUAUUUAAUUUGGUUCUAUUAGUUAUCAAUGGGUCAGAAGGUCUCAGUUAGGUCUCCGUAGCGUCUGGCUCAGUAGCUGUACAGUAAUUGCUUUUGGAAGCCCAACUCCAGCUACUUGAUGAGAUGGUACAGUCCCGUGGGACAACAAAAAGCCUUUCCUUAAUGUUUCCUUCUUGAAACUCUCUCUCUCUCUCUCUCUCUCUCUCUCUCUCUCUCUCUCUCUCUCUCUCUCUAUCUAUCUAUCUAUCUAUCUAUCUAUCUAUCUAUCUAUCUGUCUGUCUGUCUGUCUGUCUGUCUGUCUGUCUGUCUGUCUGUCUGUCUGUCUGUCUGUCUGUCUGUCUGUCUGUCUGUCUGUCUGUCUGUCUGUCUGUCUGUCUGUCUGUCUGUCUGUCUCUCUCUGCUCUCUCUCUAUCUCUCUCUCUCUCUCUCUCUCUCUCUCUCUCUCUCCUCUCUCUCUCUCUCUCUCUCUCUCUCUCUCUCUCCUCUCUCUCUCUCUCUCUCUCUCUCUCUCUCUCUCUCUCUCUCUCUCUCUCAAAUUUCAAUUCAAUUUCAAUUUAAGGGCUUUAUUGGCAUGGGAAACGUAUGUUAACAUUGCCAAAGCAAGUGAAGUAGAUAGUAAACAAAAGUGAAAUAAACAAUAAAUAUUAACAGUAAACAUUACACUCAGAAGUUUCAAAAGAAUAAAGACAUUUCAAAUGUCAUAUUAUGUAUAUAUACAGUGUUGUAACAAUGUGCAAAUAGCUAAAGUACAAAUGGGAAAAUAAAUAAACAUAAAUAUGGGUUGUAUUUACAAUGGUUUUUGUUCUUCACUGGUUGCCCUUUUCUUGUGGCAACAGGUCACAAAUCUUGCAGCUGUGAUGGCACACUGUGGUUUUUCACCCAGUAGAUAAGGGAGUUUAUCAAAAUUGGGUUUGUUUUUUGAAUUCUUUGUGGAUCGCUGUAAUCUGAGGGAAAUAUGUGUCUCUAAUAUGGUCAUACAUUUGGCAGGAGGUUAGGAAGUGCAGCUCAGUUUCCACCUCAUUUUGUGGGCAGUGUGCACAUAGCCUGUCUUCUCUUGAGAGCCAGGUCUGCCUACGGCGGCCUUUAUCAAUAGCAAGGCUAUGCUCACUGAGUCUGUACAUAGUCAAAGCUUUCCUUAAGUUUGGGUCAGUCACAGUGGUCAGGUAUUCUGCCACUGUGUACUCUCUGUUUAGGGCCAAAUAGCAUUCUAGUUUGCUCUGUUUUUUUGUUUGUUCUUUCCAAUGUGUCAAGUAAUUCUCUUUUUGUUUUCUCAUGAUUUGGUUGGGUCUAAUUGUGUUGUUGUUGUUGUUGUUGUCCUGGGGCUGUGUGGGGUCUGUUUGUGUUUGUGAACAGAGCCCCAGGACCAGCUUACUUAGGGGACUCCAAGUUCAUCUCUCUGUAGGUGAUGGCUUUGUUAUGGAAGGUUUGGGAAUCGCUUCCUUUUAAGUGGUUAUAGAAUUUAACGGCUCUUUUCUGGAUUUUGAUAAUUAGCGGGUUAAUGGCCUAAUUCUGCUCUGCAUGCAUUAUUUGGUGUUUUACGUUGUACACAGAGGAUGUUUUUGCAGAAUUCUGCAUGCAGAGUCUCAAUUUGGUGUUUGUCCCAUUUUGUGAAUUCUUGGUUGGUGAGCGGACCCCAGACCUCACAACCAUAAAGGGUAAUGGGUUCUAUAACUGAUUCAAGUAUUUUUAGCCAGAUCCUAAUUGGUAUGUCAAAUUUUAUGUUCCUUUUGAUGGUAUAGAAGGCCCUUCUUGCCUUGUCUCUCUCUCUCUCUCUCUCUCUCUCUCUCUCUCUCUCUCUCUCUCUCUCUCUCUCUCUGCAGUAAAACAGAGACUCCCCAUGUACCCAUCUCAGCUAGGGAAAAAUAUAGUUAUACGAGGUUCCCAAAAUUGGAUGUAGGGGGAGGCUGGUUAGGCUGCAGCUGUCCUGGUCUGACACAUGAGCUGGCCAUUCGGAGACUCUACACCACUGCAGAAGCCGUCGGCUGGGACAGAAAUGGCCCUGCAGUAUAAAUCACGUCUCCAGUCUUAGCCAUUAAGUUCACCAAAAUAAUCCCUACACUGACUGAAUCUGAAUCCAACCCUGCUCUGCUACACUGUUCUGUUUUCCUGCCAAAUAGGAUACACUAACCAGCCACCCUCCCCCUCCUCCAUAUCUCUGGUGGUGCUGUUAGAUGUUACAUGUUCAAUGUUCUGUAACUGUAUCAAAGGGAGUGAAUUACAAUAGAUUUAGAUGUCAACGCAGAUAAGAAACACAGAAUUAUGAUGAUUUUAGGCUUUUAUGUCUUAACUGAUUGAAAUGUUUUGUAUUCUGAUUGAAAACAUUUGUUAUUAAUAGAUCAUGAUUAUUUUCAUUUCAGCUGAGAGAGUCGUUCAAGGACCUCAAGAAGAAAUUCAACAACUUGAAGUUCAAUUAUAUGAAGAAAAACGACAAGUCAAGGAACCUGAAAGCAGUGAAAAACCAAAUCCAGCAGAUAGAGAUUUUUGUUGAAAAGUUACAGGUGAGACACCCCCCCCCCCCCCAGAAAAAAAAAAUCAAAAUUCCCUCAACCCCUGCUGUUCAAUGGUUUUGAAAUUAUUCCUAGGUCAUGUAUAUUUUGUUUACCUCUUUCUCUUUCUAUCUUCAUUCAGGUAUUGCAGAAACGGAUGCAGGUAUUUACAGUCAAAGUGACUUCCAGCACAGAGAAGCAUCUAAUAGGCAGUAGCCCCAGAGAGAUAGAGGAUGCUGUGAAUGAGCUACAGAGACAGCUGGGGGACUUUGACAAGACUGUGGAGGAGUACAGGCAGAAUCUGGACAUGAGCGUAAAGCUGCAGCAAGCUAUGGAGGAGGUGUGGAUUGGAUAA